GGCUAUCCACGCAGGCGCAGUGGACCGCACGCGCCCCCGUCGCCACCCGCCGCUUUCGCGGCCUGUGUUUAGGCGCCGCCGCCGCCGCCGCUGCCGCCUCCUGAGAACCGCUUCCCGGCUCCAUGUUCCCGGCGUGGGGUUUGUACGGGGCGGCCCCUGGGGCUUACCCUCCCCCGCCCACCAUGAUGCCUCCGCCGCCAAUGGCCGGGCCUCCUCCGGCGGUGCUGCCUAGCGCCAUGCCGCCGCCGGCUCUGGGCAGCUACGCGGCUUCGUCGGCGGCUCCUGGCGCCGCGACGGCCGCCGCCGGCACGUCGGGCUUCCUGAGCCUGCAGGAGCAGCACCUGGUCCAGCUGCAGCAGCUCCAGCAAAUGCACCAGAAGCAGCUGCAGUCGGUGUUGUUAGGCGGGCCUCCCCCGCCACCCGGCGGGCCUCCCCCGAGCCUGCCGCCGCCGCCGCUGCCCAGCGCCGCUCCUGCUCCCCCCGCCGCUUCCUGGCAGCCGCCGCUGCCCCAAGGGCCGCCCUCGGCGCGCAGCUAUCCGAAGCCGUUCAAGCACCGCGAGCCCUCGCCGCCGCCUCUCCCGCGGGACGCGCUGCUCCACAAUGCCCAGAGGCCUCCUCUGGCUCUCGGAGAGGAUGUCAAGGAGCCGCCUCGGGAUGAGUGGAAGCCCCAUGGCCCCGCGGCCAGCCCUCGCAUGGAUAUGGACAUGGACCUGGCCUCUCCGCCACAGUCACCUGCCCAGCCGUACAUGCCCCCAGGACCCUCCCUUGAGACGGACCCUUACAUGUCUCAGGCUCUGCCGCCACAGAACUCCUCGUCGCAGCCCUACAAGCCCCAUUCGAAGUUGCCGAAGGCAGCUCCACGCACCUUUUCGGAACACCCUCCUCCAGCCGUUUCUCAGCCUUACCAGUCCCAGGCUUACCCACCCACGCCCCAGACCUCAGCUUGCCAACCGGGCCAGCCCGUUACUCCAUCCGACUCGCGCUUCGCCCCAUCCCAGAUUCCUCAGCCUGCUCUUGAACCUCAGGAGUUAAGACAGGGCAGUGGUCCAGACAUAGAUAUUAGGUGUGAGCGACAGCAAGCCUCCCUGCACGCAGACCCCUCCACAAUGACCGCCCAGGUAAGAUUGAUGUGUCCGUCGUAUUUUGAAUAGCUCGAUAGGACCCAGGGGUGAGAUGUGCAUAGGUGGGAGUUGGAGUAAGAUAAAAUUGAUGAGAUGGAAUAGCAGAUUCUCAUUUAAAUAGGAGGCAUCUUGGUUAAAAUUAGGCCAUAGGGUCUAAAGCAAAGAUGACUGACCUCCUACCCAGGAACCUAGUCUUGACUAGACCCAUGAGAGAGACCUCACCAGUUUUGAUGGUGGUUAAAAAGUGCACACAAUCCUGGAUGAAAAGAGAGGAGGGAUUUUAAACUGCCCAAUCCAAUGCCCUGAUGAGAAUGGCCAUCUGAUGAGUGGGGAGGAGCUGCUGGCAUUCCUACUAUUAUUUAUUUGCUGAGUUAUUUCUUUUCUACUGACACAUUGGGGCUGCUUGAUAAAUUAUGCUUUUCCCAAACAAAAAAAGGACUUCUUUGUUUAGGAAAUGUGAAAACUCACAGGUUAGCGCCAUGUGGGCGCUAAGUCUGCCUGGACAAGCAUGCAUAAGUUCAUAUCUUUUCUUUGAAGGAAGUGCUUUCAUUUUAGAAAACAGUAACAAAUAAAUUGGCUUUAACGCACCUUUAUUUUUUGUUUCAAAACAGGAGUGGAUUUUUGGGGGGCUUAAUAGAAGCUAAGAAGUCUCAGGCCUAGAACAUUGGGUUUUUCUUUGUAAGAAACAGUGCCUCGGAGUUAAGCGGAAUGCUUUUCAACUCUGAAAAUCACAGGCAGUCCCAUGUGUUGGGGACUACGAGUGAGCUUCUGAGAAGGCUUGUGCUGUUGUUCCUUUCCUUUUUUGAUUUGAAAUAAGAUUCAUUUCCUCCUUUAGGAGCAGAGCAGGUAUGAUGUAAACAUGUUGCUCAUUCACAGCAAGCCAUAGUUUGUUUGUUUCUAUCUAUGAUUUUCGUGGCAUUUGAAAGGAGCUGGUAUGGAAUUACCUUAGAUUGUGAUGUAAGCAUUUCACUCCCUGGGGCCCCAUGUCCAUUUCAGUCACUCACAAUUGAUGAGGGAAUAACAGCAGUGAUUUUAUUUUCCUUUUUAGUUACCUUCAGAAAAGGUAAUUCAACCUGAUAAAUAGUCAUAGGAUUGCUGUCAGUGGUAUGCCAUGCAAUUGCAGUGCAUACUUUACUAUAAGAGAGAAUGCUGGAGGGGAAAAUAACACAUGUGCUAUUUGCUUGUGUGUUUUCUACUAUUCUCUGAACUCUGUUGUAUUCUUGUUCCAUGCAUAUAUAGCUACUAUUAAUAAUUAUUGUGGUGCUUUGUUCAUAACUGUACAAAAGGGAAUUAGCACUUAGGCACACGUAUCCAGGCAGACUUGCCACCCCAUGAUGUUCUAACAUUAAUUUUACAAUUCCUGUGAAAAAUACAUGAGAGUAUAUGAGAAGUGGAAAAGAGCAGAUCUGUAAUUUCUUCAUGUAACGGUUUAAAAUUUCUAAGAUGGAAAGAAUGAAAAAUGUAUACUUCAUUGACGCUAGUAUCCUGUGUGAGGUUGGAGCAGGGAUUCAGAAGGGUGCAUGCUCAGAUUCUUCUUUCUCCUUCUAUGCAAUUUGUUUAAGCUCAGUUAUGUGUAAGGCAGUGAGAAAAAGGGAUAUGUCCUAACUUUUGUGUUACAUUGUACAGUACAUUUUCAUUUGUAUUUGUUUAAGAUUUUGUGAGCCAGUUCUCAUGCCAGUUUUCAGAUCUUUAAUUGUAAGAUUUCUAUACCAAGUGAUAGGGGUAGAUUACUGACCUGUUAGUUGGGUCAUCAAAAUAAUUUAUUAUUAUUCAUUAUUUAUACCCCGCCCAUCUGGCUGGGUUUCCCCAGCCACUCAUAUCAUUUUAUCAUAUUGAUAAAAUCAUUUCUUAAGCUAUUAGGAGGUCAAAUCUUACUAAUAAUUAGUCAGCGGAUCAGCUGUAUUCUUACUGCUUCUGGUAGAAGGAGGGGUAGCAGUCUAAACCUGCACUUUCUGCCCUUCCAUUGUCUCCUGGGGUGAAUUUAGUUAUUAUACCUGCAUGUUGGGUGAUGUAAAUUAUGUCAAGUUCUGUGGGUGGGAGUGGGACCAAUGGAUAGACAGUGUUAGGAUGCAGUGCAAUUUUGUUAUCUCUCUCCUUGCUUUCAACAUACCCAUUCACCACCCCCCUUUGUCUUUUACACUGACAUAGCUUCUUCUGGUUUAAUUUGGGAAGAUAUACCACUUCCUAACUUCUGUAUCUGGGGGUAAGGAUUGUAUUGUAUGCCCCAUUGAUCUCAGUGAGACUUUCUCAUAAAAAACUCACAGGGGAUUGGGGCUGUUCUGGUUGCUCAGGCAGAAAACAGAAUUUUGAGGAAAAGGGAAAUUAGAUAUAUGCAGUAUUGGCUGUACUGGCACAUCUUUAAUUUUUCUGCAAUCAGUAGUUGCCCAGAUGUUUACAGUGUAAACUUUAUAUGGUGUAAGUAAUCCUGAUAGGGAGACCAUAUAUCUAUGUGACCCAAUCAUAUUCUAUGUGUUCUGUAGUCUACUAUGAAAAAUGAAUAAAGGGGUUUUUCAUGUUAAUCAGUUUCACAGAAAAAUAAAUGUUAUUAGAAAUGAGUGCAUGUGGACAUGUGCACACAUCACAAUCAUCACAGUUUUAAAAAAUUAUCCAGAAAACAGAAAUGGCCAAUCUAUAAUGACUGAUGACUUCAGAGGUAUCAACAGAGGAUUCUCUCUAUAUAAUUUUGCUUUCAAAACUUAAGAAAGCAAAAUUUCUGCAGGCUUUUUUUUUGAAGACCUGAAUCCUCCCCACAAGAGAAUGAGAAUAGCUCCAAAGAAAGAGAAAAAUGUUUUAUUGAUCUCUUUGAAACACUUAUCGUAAAUACAAUUUUUAAAUGUUUGUAGAAUUUAUUUAAACAUCACCUUCCUUUAAGCAAAGAAUCAGGAAAUGGUGAAAAAUUAGUAUUACAGCAAAGUAUUUAGAGAUGGGUCUUUGUAGCUACAGAGUACAGUAAUUGGAGUGAAGCUACAAAGCAACUACAGAUUAAGACAAAGCCAACCAUGGUUGUAUGCAUUUAUCCAUAUUUUAGCAUACAUCUAAGCAGCAUUUCGACAUCCAACAUGUUCUAAAAUGCCGGUAUUCUCCCUGUGUUUAUGCAUAUUUUGAAAGAAAACAAAUACAGUUGGUGCCUUUAGCACCAACAGAUGCUGAAGAAAAAUUGGGCUACAACAGACCCAGGGCAGACAAAAGGGUUAAUCUGAAGCAGAAUAAAAGUGUAACCUGCACGAUGGUGUUUUUUACUGUAGAAUCUUGGGUAAAACAUGUUCUUUGUUUAAGCAUGCAUAUAAGCACAUUGUAACAAGUCUGAUAUCAUUGGUUUGUACAGGUCAUUGUAAUGCUUAAAAAUUUGGUGUUGGGUUCUUGCUGAGCUUCUUGCAUGUAUGGGACAACAGGGGUGUAUGUAUUAAUGCCCCCACUUGUGCAAAGCGUGCUUAGGAGGGUCACCAUGGGCCAGACCAGCCCGCUUCUGAGAAUGUUAGAAAUUAGCCAAGCGCAUUUUGCGACUGUUACAGGUCCAUUUGCAACCACAUGGAGAUUGCUGGAUACUAGAUUGGUGACUGGGGAAAUCAAAAUGUCACUUGAAGGAUCUGGAAUGUUUUCUUUAAAUCUUGAAUUUGUUUUAUUCUGAAUUGUUUUAUCUGAUGUUCCACUUUAAGAUUUAUUCUGAAACAAUGUACAUAAAACAGUAUAAAUCACAGUACUAAAGUAAUUUUAAAACUAUAAACCCCAUUUUUCUGUUAUUUAUAUAUGAAUUUAUUUGAAACUUUCUUGCCCUGCCCUUCUGACAAUACUUUACCUUAGGCCAGAUUGAAAAAGAGAAUCCAUCAUAAUGAAAGGAAGUAAAAUAAAGGAAACAUGGACACUUGAUGUUUAAGCAAAAAUGAUAAAAAUGUUAUGAUUAUUGACAGAUUAAAGGCCACCAAUUACAAAACCAUUCCAUAAUUAAAACUCCUAUUAAAGGCCUAUAUUUUCAUUGUGCCUUUUGAUCCUUACUCCAAAGGAAUAGUUGUAGCAACCUGGGGUCGUAUCCAGUUCUGUGCCAGAAAAUUUCCUCUUGUGGAAUGGGACCUCCCCUUCCUUCUGUGUACCCCCAAAAUUUGUUUCAGAGGGUUCUCCAAUUCUCUCAAACAGACUUUGAGGCCACACAGGGGCUUGCUAGUGUGGCAGAAGAAGGAGGAUAACUUACAUUGUGCAUUCAGAAGUCUGCUGAACAAAUGAGACUGCAGUGUUGGAUGCUACUCUUGGUUUUUUCAAAAGUAGGUCCAAGUAUCCUUUGAAAAUGAGGCACAUUUGCCAUUUUUCAGUGGUUAAUGUAGCUUUCUUUCUAGGAUAUGACCUUGUCUCUUAAGCCUAGAUACUACUGUACUUCUCAUCUUUUUUUGUUAUAGGAACAGCAGCAAUUUUGGUACCAACAGCAUCUGCUUACUCUGCAGCAAAAGGCAAAAGCACAUGCACUGGGACAGCAGCUGCCAUCAGGUCUAGGAGUGGUAAAUGAUGCUCCUGAGCAGAGGCAAGAAGAAAGGGAAAUACCCAUUUCUGAUGUGCUUUCUGACCCCCCUUUGCUUUCUGAGCCCAAAUUACCGCAGCCCAAAGGUGAUGACCUUCCUUUGUCAUCUGUUGAGCCCAAGGUAUGCUGUGCACAGAGGUGUCAUUAUGUGUUGUGUUCAUUCUUUUGUCAUUUCAGAUUGUCUGGAAGGACUGGUUGAAAAAAAUAGGGCCCUGGUGCAGUAGGCUUAGAACACAGGGAUGAUUUAUGAGAACUUUUGCUGAUCAGUUGUGGUUUACAUGACCCUGAUACAAGCCUUAAAGACAACAAUCAUUGGGUUUAUGUGCUUUUCUUUAAAAAGUAUUGAAGUUUUUUUAAAAUACAUUUCAUAGCAAGUGUAUAAAUCUUCCUUGCAUCUUCAGCAUAGGUUGAGGAGAUAAAUGUAAACGAAUCAGAAAUGAACUUCAAGUCCCUAUAAAGAUCUCUGUGGAAUCCAUUGUCCCUCUGUUCUGUAAAUGGUGACCCUGUAGUAGAGCACAUGUUUUGCUAGUAAAUGGCUGGCCGUUUUGAUGUCCAGUUCAGAAUGUUUAGCGUUAUGUCAUGUGGAGUUUAAUCAUCGUGUGGAAAUGCUGUGUGCAUUGGGGGAUGUCUGUAUGUGGAGUGGAAAGUCUCAAAGAAGGUACUUCUAUUCAAAGCUUCCUUUGGGUAUCUUCAUGACUUGAAGGUACCAAACGAUAACACGGUAUAAUUAUUUGUGCUUCUGUCUUGACUUUGCGUUCAGGAAGACGUUGCAUUACAUAUUUCCAACACUGUAAAACAAUAACAUCUCCAUAUUAGGAUCAAGCUUUAAGACCAUAAGGGUUGCCAUGCUGGAGCAAACCAUAAUUCACAGAGAUAAGUCUAGUAUUAUUUAUCCACUGUGGAUCAGACAAUGCUGGUGAUAGGCACCUUGUAUUUCCUCCCCACCCUGCCUGGCAGCAUCUCAUACAGAGAGAGAGAGAGACUGACUGACUCUGUAUCAUGGAUACUGUUUACUUGUCAAGAUACCUCACUUUCAUAAGUUUGUUCUCCAGUAAUUAGUCCACUCCUUUAAUAAAGUCAUCUCAGCCAGUGAUUGUCUCUAUUUCCUGAGUAGUUGCAGCCAGAUCGGGUGCCACUAGCAUGCAUAUAAGGUUAGAGUUUUUUGAAAUCAUACGCAUCCCAUUUCGCUUACAUGGAAUCUUAGGUACUUGUAUUUUAAUCCUUAUUUUCCAUUUUGGAUAAAUUCUUUUUAAAGCUUUUCACAGCUGCCUGGGAUUUUACCAUCCUAACUAAUUAGGUGUCAUCUACAGACGUAACUGCCACACUGUUCAAUCGUAUUGCAGAUGAAUUAUUAAUAAUAUAACCCAGCAAGCCCCUAUAAAGAUCUCUGUGGGAUCCAUUGUCCCUCUGUUGUGUAAAUGGUGACUCCGUAGUAGAGCACAUGUUUUGCUAGCAAGUGGUUGCAUGUUCAAUCUUUAGAUAGGACUGAGAAACACUCCUGUCUAGAGGGGUUACUGUCAUUCAGUGUAGACAGUACUGAGGUAGAUAGACCAGUGUUCUGACUUGGUAUAAAGCAACUUCCUAUGUCCUUUCCUGCCCAUUUUAUCACUACGUCCUCGUCUUCCUUAUUUUUUAUCCUAAUCUGUAAGAGUCUCUCCACUUAUACAUUGACUAAAUGACUUAGCCAAAAACCUUUUGGUCAUAUGUAAUAUGUAUCUUCAAAAGAAAUGUAGAAAGUUAAUAUUUCCCUUUGUUGAAGCAAUACUUAUCCUCUUUUAGUAAGACUUCUUCUUUUUAUGUUUUAUAUGGAACUGAAAUUGGGCUGGCAGGUCUGUAACUACCUGGGUGCCCUCUUUAUAUCAAAGCGCAUUUUAGAUAAGAAGGUUGACUUUAAUACUAUUACAUAUUUAAUUAACUGACCAACAAUUUUAACCGAUAGAAAGAAUAAUUUUUGCAGUUUUGCUAUAGUCCUUCAGUAUUCUUUUUACACCUUUAUCUUAAAAGUUUCUGCUACCUCCACUAGUUGGUUUUCUCUGUACAGUGUGUUCUGAUCAUAUCAUAAUCUCAGUUGGUGAGUGCUGAGAGGACUGUAGUCGAAAUGGGACAGCUGAAAACUAAGAUGGAGGUAUUUUCAUGCUCAAAGGUAUCCAAAGAUUACAGAGGUAGAAAAAAACUUUAGGAAAAAGAGCAUAGAUGGGUGGGAACUUUCCCAAAAACAGCCCAGUGAAGACUGAGCAUGUUCAGUGAUUGCAGAAUGUUGAGGGGCAUCUGUUAGGUUUAAACAAAUAUCUGAAAAGGGGAAGAAUGGAGUGUCCCUGAAGGAGGAGGGAACAGUUUAGAGACUGAGCACUCCACAUUGUAACAUUCUGUUGUGAGUCUUAGUUUUGUUUAAUAUUUAUUUUAAUAACUUCAGUGUGUCUCUCAGGUUGUUGAUUUUUGCUUGUUUUAUUGUUGAUUUGCAUUCAGUUUGCCAGAGUUUGUUCUCUCUUCAGUUUAAUAGGAAUCCUCUUUGUUUUUGCAGAUCUUUUUGUUGUAAAUUAAGUAUGACUGUGUUGAGUUUGUUGGCAGUUUUCUGAUCUUUUGAAUGUUGAGUUUGACAGAGAUUUGAUCAGUGUUUCAAGCAGUUCUACAAUCUUCUGCCAGUCCCAGGCAAUUAGGAUCCAAACUCUUUCUAUCUAGAAAUUUUGACUCUGCCAUGACCUGUUACCCAGCCAGUUUAGGGGUGGUUGAAGUAACCCACUAUGAUUUCAUCUUCUGUUUCAAUUGCCUACCUAAGUACCUUUUGCAUUUAAAGAUCACCAUCAAAGUUUGGGAUAGGGGAGUGAUAUUAGCCCAGUUUGCAUGUAAUGUUAAAAAUAAAUUCUGUUGCAUGCUGCUCAGAAGUCCUCACUAUGCUGAUCCCCCACUUUUGACCGGUGUGCCAAGGGGGAAACAAAGCAGAGACUGGCAUGUGAACCAGCACUCAUAAUUUGUCUGGAGAUAAACAAACCAUGAGAGUAGGUUUAUACAUAAUGCAAAGCCAGCUUCUGGUUUGUUUCCUCCCUGGGGCAAUAAAGCUGUGAGCUGGGGAGCUGUGGUGUGGACUUUUAAACAGCAUACACAUUGUGCUAAACCAUAGUUCACUUUAAACUAUGGUUUAAUAUUAAGUGUGUUCCUUAUAUUUUACUUACUCUUUUGGUGUGCUGUUCUCUACCCAUAAGUUUGUUUUUCUAUUUCUCAAUUUUGGAUUCUGUAUCCCACUGACACACAAAGCACCAACACCUCCUUUACAUUCUAUUCUGACCAUUCUAUGGAUUUCAUAUGUUGUGAUAGGCCAGUUAUAUUUCUGUAUUUUUAUUUUAAAAUAGGAAGGAAGUAUACAACAUAAUGUGCAAAUACAAUAAAGCAUAAAAUACCAUAAAAUAAUACGAAGAUACAAUACAUCUCUUCUCUUGGUUUGAAACAUUCAGUGUAUGUAGGAUUUCUCCUACAGUUUCUGACAAGAGUGAGUUGUUAUUUCUGGUGAUUGGAUUUAAUUGCUAAGACUUAAAAUGAUGUACUACUUACAAGGGCAAGUGUUAGGCAAAUAAAUUCCUGGGCACAUCACCAAUUAAUUAGUUCAUCAGCCAUCAUUAAAAGUAGUAUGGUUCUAAAGUGAUAAUUUGACUACUCUGGAAGAAUUAAAUAUACCCAGUAAUCCUAAAGUCUUGGUCCAGCAUCUGUUUGUUCUUUUUUUGGAACACUUUUAUCUCAUUUUAUAGCCACAAGGCAGGACGCGGGUGGCGCUGUGGUCUAAACCACUGAGCCUCUUGGGCUUGCCGAUCAGAAGGUCAGCGGUUCAAAUCCCCGCGACGGGGUGAGCUCCCGUUGCUCAGUCCCAGCUCCUGUCAACCUAGCAGUUCGAAAGCAUGCCAAAAAGUUCAAGUAGAUAAAUAGGUACCACUACAGCGGGAAGGCAAACUGUGUUUCCGCUGCUCUGGUUUCGGUGUUUCAUUGCACCAGAAGCGGCUUAGUCAUGCUGGCCACAUGACCCAGAAAAACUGUCUGCGGACAAACGCCAGCUUCUUUGGCCUGUAAAGCGAGAUGAGCGCCACAACCCCAGAGUCGUCUGUGACUGGACUUAAUAGUCAGGGGUCCAGACUAAUUUAGCUGUACUUAGACAAUACUUUGAUUACACGAAAAUCAAUGGGACUGUACUUCAACUAAAGUUCAACAAACUUAACAGCAUAAAGCUAAACAGAUCUACUUAUUAGCUAGUUUUCAGUGGGUCUUAUUUCUAGGCAAAUGUGUAUAGGAUUACAACCUUAGCUUGGAGCCAACUGUUGGUGUCCAUACGGUGUUAAGAUUAUUCAGUCAGGAUUUUUGCCAUCUUCCUUGGAAUCAGAAUUUGCCUACCACCUAUUAGUUUAACUGAGGAUGUCUGAGUUAAGUGAGUCCUUGCAGUGCAUGAAAUUCUUAUGCUAACUGGUAUAGGUUUGUGUUGGAGUAGCUGGGCAUAGGAAGGAAGGAAUUUCCAUCAUGGGCAUAAAUCACCUGAUGUUUGAGGUGUAAGGUCAAAUGAGCCAGUUGCUGUGGUAAUGGCCUUGGAACUCUAGCUAUAUUGAUGUGAUUAACGUAUGCUAGCUAGUUUUGUGUUGAUGUUACUAUUGCAGUUGAAGCCUUGGAAUUAGAGCAACAGGGACACUCUGUAUCUGUAUAUGAAAAGCCUGCAAACUGGAAGUUAUUUUUCUGUUUGCUCAGUCUGCAACAGUAAAAGAUCUGGACCUUACUGGCUCUGCUUCUGUGUAGUAACUUUUACUGUGAGCACAACCUAGAUAAUAAUAAUAUAUAUAUAUUUUUUAUGUGUAACCCACCCUUCUGACUAGGUUGCCCCCAGCCACUUUGGGUGGCUUCCAACAAAUAUAAAAGCAUUGUGGAUGUGUCUUAAUAUCUCAGAUUACCAACAGCUUGUACUUACCUAAGUUUGUAUCUGGCAAUAAGUCCUUAUUUAAGCUAAACAAUUAAAGUUUUGUUAAUAUGCUAUGCAUAGAUUUAUUGGACAGAGUUAUGUUUCGGCUAUUUACCAUUGUAAUCUAAUUACAAUUAUUCUGGGUUAUAUGUGAUGCCCUGGUGUCUUGUGGAGGCCACUCUCCUGUGAGUGAGGAUUUAUGGUUUGCAAUCAGUAGACUUAAGUAACUAAUUUACUUACCGUAUUUUUCGCCCUAUAGGAUGCACUUUUUCCCCUCCAAAAAUGAAGGGGAAAUGUGUGUGCGUCCUAUGGGGCGAAUGCAGGCUUUCGCUGAAGCCUGGAGAGCAAGAGGGGUCGGUGCGUACGGACCCCUCUCGCUCUCCAGGCUUCAGGAAGCUAUCUGCAAGCCUGGGGAGCCCCGCGGGCUCUCCAGGCUUGCGGAUAGCAGCCUGCAUCCCGAUUGGUGCAGAUAUCGGGCAGCCCCACAAGCUCGGGGGAGAGCGUGGAGGCAGAGCACCGCCACCCCGCUAUUCCCCAACCUGGUUUGGAGGCUGGGGGUGGGGAGAAGCAAGCUUGCUUCUCCCCAUCGCCAGCCCCACAAGCUUGGGGGACAGCGGGGAGGCGGAGCGCCGCCACCCUGCUAUUCCCCCGACCUAGUUUGUGUUAUGAUAUAGAAGCAAUGCAGCUGCAAACUGCUAGCUUGAAAACAUCACAUGAUGGAAUGUUGGGACUGUUCCGUGGGAAACAGAGGGACAGUCAACUCACAGGGCAAUGCACCGGAAUUAGCUCAGAGUGUAAUUUGAGCUCUUCCUCUUGCUCUUGUACAGGAAGUACAGGAAGUUUUUGUCACUCGACUGCUGGAGUUUGGAGAGAGCAGUCAUGUUUUCUGUAAUGCGGCAAAGACAGAAAUAAAAGCAUGUAAAUAUGUUUCUGUCUAUCUCCUUUUCCCUGCCGGGGGAGCAGGAGGGAGGGGGUGUGUUCUUCCCACGUUUGGGGAGAAUCGCCUAUCGUGACCUAGCCUGGAUCCUGCUGGGGAAUGCAGCCAGGGAGGUCAACAGGAGACCAAGCCGGGUGCCUGGGAGAGUUGCCAGUUUCUCCCGAUAAAGGCUUGAUUUCCGACAGUUUGGAGGGGUGGGGAGGGUGGGGAGCUUGCUUCUCCCCAUUGCCAGCUCCACAAGCUCGGGGGAGAGCGGGGAGGCGGAGCGCCGCCAUCCCUCUAUUCCCCGACCUGGUCUGGAGGCUGGAGGUGGGGAGAGGCAAGCUUGCUUCUCCCUAUCGCCAGCCCAACAAGCUCCGGGGACAGCAGGGCAAGCCGCUGCCCCACGGAGGCUAGAGAGGCUGUCCCUGAAGGCAGAAGAGGGAGACGGAGCGCUCCGUCUCCCUCUUCUAGCUUGGGGAUGGCUGCGCAAACCGGGGGGGGGAAUAAAUUUUUUUCCCUUGAUUUCCCCCCAAAAAACUAGGUGCGUCCUAUGGGCCGGUGCGUCCUAUAGGGCGAAAAAUACGGUAUUUCAGUGGGUCUACUCUGAAUAUGACUUAGGUAGCAUCUAUACACAUAUAAAAACUGUUCUGAAAAUGCUUUUUUUAAAAAAAGUGUUUUAAAAAAUACAUUGAAUUCUCCAUAAGGCUCACCAUCGUCAUAUAGUGUCACAUUGUAUAUUGCACUUGAAACACACUUAAAACGUUUUAUUUGUAAGUGUAUAGCUGAGUCCUUAGUUGUAUAUCAUCCAGUAUCUUACACAACAGAUCAUGGAAUAGGGCAACUAUCAGAAUUUAUUUCACUAGCAUAUCUAGAGAUAUGAUAGUGCAAUAAAUUCUGAUAGUUGUAAAAUACCUGUUUAGUUUUUAUGUGUUCUGGCAACCAAAAGUAGUGCUCUUGGGAAGUAGUGUUGUGUGUUUUUUUGUUUUGUUUUGUUUGUUUUUUGUUUUGUUUUUUGGUAGGAGAUUCUCACUAAAAAUAAAAAUAAAAAUCUGUAUUUGAAAAGGAGGAACUGGGAUACCGUAUUUUUCGCACCAUAGGACGCACUUUUUCCCUCCUAAAAAGCAAGGGAAAAUGUCUGUGCGUCCUAUGGAGCGAAUGCAGGGGGGGAGGCAGGCGGGAAAAGCCCCCAAGAGCCGCACACAAGCUCCAUGCGCUCUUGCGGGCUUUUCCACAGGAGGGAGAAUGGACUGACUGGCCGCAUCAGUCCCUUCUCCCACCUCCCAGAAAAGCCAGGAGAAGUCGCGAUCUCUUUAAAGGGGUUGCGCGGCUUCUGCGGGCUUUUGUGAGAGGUGAGGGAAUCUCCCCACCUCCCAGGAAAGCCAGGAGAAGCCGUGAUCUCUUUAAACGGGUUGCGCGGCUUCUGCGGGCUUUUGGGAGAGGUGAGGGAAUCCCCCCCACCUCCCAGGAAAGCCAGGAGAAGCCGUGCAGCCCUUUUAAAGUGCGCGCGGCUUCUGCCGGUUUUGCGAGAGAUGGGGGAAUUCCCCCACUUCCCAGAAAAGCCAGGAGAAGCCGUGAUCUCUUUAAAGGGGUUGCGCGGCUUCUGCGGGCUUUUGCGAGAGGUGAGGGAAUCCCCCCACCUCCCAGGAAAGCCAGGAGAAGCCGUGCAGCCCUUUUAAAGUGUGCGCAGCUUCUGCCAGUUUCGCGGGAGGUGGGGGAAUUCCUCUACUUCCCAGGAAAGCCAGGAGAAGCCGUGCAGCCCUAGGAGAGGCUGCACUAGGGCUGAGUGAGGAAUCCACCUCUUAGGAAGCCCCUACGCAGCCUCUCCCGGCCAGGAGGGGUUGCACAGGGCUAUGGAGCAAGCCAAGGCAGCGGCGGGAUCGAUCCCGCUCGCUGGCUUGGCUUCUCCUUAGCCGCGUGCAGCCUCUCCGUGCAGGGAGAGCUGUGCGCAGGGCUUCUCGCUGCGCUUUGCGGCUGGGAGGAAGAUUUUUUUCUUGAUUUCCCCCCCUAAAAACUGGGUCGCCCUAUGGUCCGGUGCGCCCUAUGGUGCGAAAAAUACGGUAAUCCUGCUCUGACUUGUGGUCAGAUAUACUUUCAACCAUAGGCAUGCACUUACAUUAUGCUGUGCCUGGACUAUUUAACUUGUUGAAGAAGGGGAGGAUGGGACAAAACCCUCUGUAUUUGCUUGCUUUCGGGCAUGUACAACUACUUUCCCCAGUACUGACAAUGAUUAGAGCUGUAUAACUGAUGUGCUGUAUGAUUGAACAAGUUUUCUAUUAUUUGAUAUUUGCUUAUUCCUCCAGUUGAGCAUUGAACCACCAGAGGAUCCUGAGGAAAGUUUGAGAUUACAGCAGCUACAGGCGGCAGCCACACAAUGGCAACAGCAUCCACAGCAGCGAGUGGGUUUCCAGUAUCAGAGAAUAAUGCAGCAGCAUGCACAGUUGCAACAAAUUCUACAGCGCUACCAACAGAUCAUACAGUUGUCACACUUGCCAGUGAGUCAUUAAAGUAAUAUGAUUUGAUCCAUAUUUUUCCCACUUGAGUGAGAUACUUAAUACAAUUUAAUGGUGCUAACAGAGUUUCAUGACUCUUCAUGGUGGUCCACAGGUCAGCUUUGGCCUGUUAGAGCUCCCAGUUUGGCCCAGCAAGCUGUUCUUGGUAAAGCGCAGCCUUCCGUCCCACCACAUUGUAUGUCACCUCAGGUGUGGAGCAGUUACCAAGGUGGCUCCAAAUGAACAACUGGGAGAGUAAAGUGAGCUCCCGAUUAUUCUUUUGCUUUGAGCAAGGCUUGCUUCAAUCACCCAUCAGCCGAUCCUGAUCUACCAGUGAGUGGUUAGAUUGUGCCUUGCUCUAGGACUUGCACUGAAGCCCCUGCUGAAGUGGAGGGAGGGAUCUCCAUUUAAGCAGGGGUUUCAAUGCAAACUCAUUUGUGAUGCUGGAGCAAGCGUCUUUGAAGCUGCUCUGGGGGUGCGCCUUCAAAGAGCAUCAUCACCUUGACAUCAUUAUGACUGAUGGGCAAACUGCCAAAUUUUGACCCGUGAGGCAGAUACAGAUCUGAACCAUUAGAGAAGAAAGUUCCCCAACUCUGAUGUGGACCUUUGCUCAUUGACUACAUGUUAACUUCUGAAAAAGCAGACAAGAAGCUAACAUUUCAGUCUUUUUUUAUGCUGUAACCUGCCCUGUAAUAGUGAAUCAAUGAAGAGUAGGCAAGAAAUUGAACCGAGAAGAAGAAAAGUAAUACUGUAUAUUGAAGCAUCUUCCUUGUGAGAAGAAAACUAAAAAAUAUGUUCACUAAUCUAAAUAGACUAUGUAGAAAGAAUUUCCAUUUUUUCAGUAGGUUUAAUCAUGCAAUAUAUUUAGAGUCAGAGUGUAGAAUCAUUUUAGUUUGGUAGGGGGUGAAUCUGUGAUAUUAAAGAAAAAUAAAGUUCAAAGGCCCAAAUCUAUGACUUCACCUUUAAAGCACAGCAAUUUCAUGGAAGCUGUUGGAAAGCAUGAACAGUGUUCAGUGUACAGACCUAUGCUUUGCUAUGCGACAAUUAAGAUAUGUUUGUGUCUAAAGCAUUGUGAGUACAUUGAACUAACUUAAAGGGUGUUCCUUACUACUUUUUCUUUCUGGCAGACAAUGUCAGUGGAUACACAGCUACAGCAUUAUGAAACACAGAACAAACAGUUCCAGCCACUUUACAAGGAGUGGGAACGUGAAUUUCAGCAGUGGCAGGAUCAAAUCCAGGCCUACCCUCACAAAGACCAACUUCAUGAGUGUGAGAAACAGUGGAAAAUGUGGCAGGGACAGAUGAAAGUCACUUACACCCACCUUCAGGAGAAAGUGAAGUCUCUUCGGAACAUGACCAGUCAGUAUCCUGGGAGUGUAACUUUGCCGCCUGCCUUUUCUGCAUAUUCUCAAACAGUACAAAGUGGUAUGUCCGUUGGGCAGCCUCCUUUGCCCUCAGCUGCACUGCCUCCACCUUCCACUGGAUUCUCUUCUGGCCCACAAAAGUCUGAUAUGCCUAUUUCAAAAGAAUCUGGUCCUCAGAGCACCCAGAGCACUGAAACAGCGAGGCCAAAUUUGUACCCUACUCCUGGUUCUUUUAAAGUUACUGAGUCACUUCCCACUACCCAAAGUACAGAAAUGCCCAGGCCAGGUCUACUUCCUACUCCUUCUGCAGCUUCUUUUUCAUUUAAAGUAACUGAGUCUUCUACCACCUCACAGGCCUCAGAGACAACCAGGCCACCUCCAUUUCCUUCUCCUGCCUCUUACUCAUUUAAAGAGUCACUUCCCACUCCCCAGACUACGGAGAUGGCCAAGCAAGGUCUGCUUCCUACCCCUACCGCUGCUUCUUUUUCAUUUAAAGUAACUGAGUCUCCUGCCGCUUCCCAGAACAUGGAGGCAAGCAGGCCACCUCUGCUUCCUACCCCUGCUUUUCCGUUCAAAGGUAAUGAUACACCCGUCGUCACCCCGGCCAUGGAUAUUGUCAGGCCAGGCCUGCUUCCCACCCCUUCUGCUUCUUCCUUUUCAUUUAAGGCUACGGUUUCUCCUGCCAUGACCCACGCUACAAUGGAUGCAACCAGGCCACCUCUUCUUCCCACCCCUGCUUCCUUUUCUUUUAAAACUACUGAUACAUCUGCCACCCAGAAUUACCACUCAAAUGUGACAUCAUCUGCUAGCACUUCAGACCAAGGCAGUUCUUAUGCGCCUCUGGGCAAACAGGCAAUGCCAUUUGGUUCUGUUUCAUCAGAACUAACUUCUGCUGAAGUAAAACCUCACUCUACAGUGUCCUCAUCUGCAUCCACCACCAGCACCACUACUACCUAUCAGAGCAGACCAGGGAGGUCAGCCGGGUUUCCUGAUUCUGCCAGGGGACAGCACCAUGAAGGUCCAAGGGUGUCAAGGUAGGUUUUCUUUCUGUCUCAUUUUUGUGUGGCAAUGCUGUUUUGGAUGAUAGUACAGUAGAAACACUCUUAAAUAUUGUUAUGUAAUCCUGUGUGCUUUGCCAGUAGGACAUGCUAUUUCAUGUGACUGUGCUCAUUUAGUGGUUGUUGCCCGCCCAAUGGUAUCCCUGGCCUAUUUUAAUCUUAUGCUUUACCAUAUUUUAACCUCAUACGUUCUUCCAGAGUAUUUCUUGAAAUACCCAAAGCCAGGUCUUUUUUUUUUCCCCUUCAUUUUGUGUGUUGUUAGUAGCUUUUUAAUUGAAUGUUCCAAAGGGAAAGGGGGAGCAGCUGGUGGUCCAGAACAAACCCAGUGACCAGAUAUUCAAGUAAAUAGACCUUUAGUAGGAGGCUUCCCCAUCUUCCUUAUGUUUACAGAAGGUCACCUUCUCAUAUGCUGCCUGUUGUCAUGUCCUCUGUUCAUGAUUAUGGUGCACAGGGGUGGCAGGUGGACUCCUCCUUCCAAUAUUGAAGCAUUAGGAAUUUAGCCACCAUGAGUGUCCUUAGAAACCAAUAGAAUUGUCUGUUCUUUACUUGAUAAUUCUCUUGGUGAGGGGCAAUGCUUGAACCAAAUCUGUGGGAGCCUGUAGUACCAGUCCUCAUAAUGCUAAUGAGGUUAAGUGCCAGAAGCUUUGUAGUCAAAACAGCUUCACUCACAAACAAGAUGGAGGCAUCCAUAUACUCAGGGGAAAUGGAGAAUUAAAAAUAAAACUUACAUGCAGAGUGUACUCAGGUGUGGGCUGCAGGGUGAAGGAAGAAGUAAAUCCAUGCACAUCCCAGUAUGGCAAUUACUUUCCUCCAUGAUGCCUCAAAUGCAUCUUGGGGAAAAGCAUGAGGAAGGUUGUCAGUGAAAAGGGAAUUGGGGCCAGAGUUAAGCCCCCUCUCCCAGUCACUCAACUGCUGCUGCUCACAGGGCACUCAGGUCUGCUGCCAAAUGUAUAAUUCUGGUCUCACAAAAAAACAAACCAAAAGCAGAGUUUGUGCUUUUGUUCCUGCUGCUCUAUUUAGUAAUGUCCCACUUUACACAAAAUUAGCAACAGUUUAUAUAUAGUUUUUUAAAAAAACAAAAAACCAACAACUAGCAGCUACCUAACAAAGCAAAAGUCUUCCUAAGUAAAAUCAUCUUCAGUGCCCACCUGUAAGCAGCAAAAGUGAUUGUUCUGCAGGUGUCUUGUUUGCACACACAAAACAGAGAUAAGAGGAAGAUAUUGUAUUGCAAAUUGUUAUUGUUUGUAACACUAGUGUAAUCUCAGUUGUCAUCUUCAGUUUAUAAUUGGGAAGACAGGAAGUAAAUCCCAGGCUCACACAUACCUGUGCCUCAAACUCUAUCUGCUUUUCCCAAAGGAUGAAGACACCUGACUCAGUAGAAUACUGCAUGUGUCUACAUCUUUCACCCCAUGAACCAAAUAAGAUGGUUCUUGAGUCUAACCCUUGAGUCAGACAUUCCUUUCUAUCUGAGGAAGAGAUGGAGAAGAUGAGCAUAGAUAUGGGUGAAUCCAAUACUUGUUUCUGUCAUGCUCCAUUCUCAUGCAGCAAAUCUAAUAUUUUGGUGAAUUUUGUGUAUCGUUAUUACUUAAUGAGAUUUUAAUUUGGCAGCUGUUUCCAAGAGGAUUUAUGGAGUUGUUUUAUAUAAAAAAGUCUCACAAAAUCUAUUACUUGAAUAAAAUGUCUCAUUUCUAAAUGCACAGAUUUGAUGCACCACGAGGAAGAGACUUCGAUAAAUUUGAACCUGCAAGACAGCAAGGACCUCAUUUUCAAGGGCAACGUUUCGAUGGUCCAAGGCCAAGAUUUCAAAAGCAGCUUGUCGAUGGAUCUUCAGGCAAACAGGGGACAAUCCCCCGGGGCCCAGCAGCAGCAUUUUAUACUCCCUCAAGCACUUCACAAAUGCAGGCUUCCCAAGCAAGUGGACCACAGUGGCGGGGACCUAGGCCUCCUUUGGGACAACAGAACCAUCAGACAGAACAUAAGGAAUCUUUUACUGAUAUGAGCAAUAAUCAGACAGUGGCAAAUAAAUCUAAACCUAGACCAGAUACAAAGGUUACUGGUUCUGUUCAGCCAGGUACAGUCAUGUCUAAAGCACAGCAAAAUUCAUCCAGAAAAGAGGGCAGAGAAACAAUGUCAGAAACAAAGAAACCAAGCUCUGCAGAGACUGAACUGCAAACGGAAGAAUCAAAAAAACCUCUUACUUCGGGUGUUCUCCAUCAGACACCAGGUUCCACUGUUCCAGGGGGGAAGAAAAUGUUACUACCAGCGCCAAUGGGAAAUAAAGAGUUGAAUUCUGCAGAAAACAAACUGACUUCUUCUGAAAAUAAUCAGAGCAAGGAGCCAACUAAACUGGAAAGCCGGGAGAGGGGACAAAUCAAGCUGGGAGAUAACCAGGCCAAAGGGCCAGCAGGCAGGGGCAGGGGCCAGGGUAGAAUGGAAGACACUAGAGGAAGGGGCCGAGGCCGAUUUGAUGAUGCUAGAGGAAGGGGAGUACCAAACAGAGGUAGAGGUCUGACCAGAGAUAUAGGUGGCAGAGAUGUAAACAGUGGGCCAGGAACCCACAACAGGAUGCCAGAGGGCCAGUCAGGCAGUUGGGAAUCUGGGGUGGGUGGACAGUCGAGCAACCAGGAAGGGGCAUUGGAAAGGCAAUCGAGAAGCCAAGACAGAGGGUUACCAGCUAGAGACAGGGAACCAGCUCCCCAGAUGGGCAGCAGAGAGAGAGGCCAUGCAGAUUGCCGGGAAAAGGGCUUAGGCAGGCAACCCAGUAGUCAGGAAAGGGGACUGGACCGGCUGGCUAGUAACCGUGAAAGGGGACCAGGACGGCGACCUAGUAGCCGGGAGAGGGAUAUGCACAGACGUGACACAGGCCUUGGAGGUGGUAUGGAUAAUUUGCCUCCAUUUCGUGAAGAACCACCCAGGCCUCCAUGGUCUUACGGAGAGGCAGGCAUGGAAGAGGAACGCUCAUUUGAAUACCAAGAUAUUCCUCCUCUAGAGCGCAGACGACUGGAGGAUUGGGAAAGAGACAGAUACUGGGUUGAGCGCGACCAGCGAUACCAUGAUGAUCCUCUUGAUCCGUAUGAGAGAGAUGACUUGUCAGCACACCGUCAUCCAUUGCCACCUCUUUCACCUCUUCCCCCUCUACCUCCUUUACCUCCAAUAUCUGCUGAUCUUGAUAGACGAGAACCAUAUUGGGAUGACUGGGAAAGGCCAUUGGGGAGAGAGAGAGAGCUAGACAGAGAUCUGGACAGGGUCCGAAGACCCUUGGAUAUGUAUGAUCGUGAUUCAGAAAGAGACUGGGACAGAGAUUACCUUAGACCACUGGGCGACAGAGAUACGCUUAGUGAUCUGGACAUACCUCCUCUCCCACCUUUGCCACCCCUUCCUCCACUUCCUCCUUUAGACAGAUACCGGGAGGAGCGAUGGCUGGAGGAGAGAGAGAGGGAUUUCUACGACAGAGAUUCCAGAGACCGGGGGGAGCUCAGAAUUCGAGAGUAUCCAGAGAGACAUGACACAUGGAGGGAACCAUCUGAUUUCCCACCCGACAGGGGCGAUUGGGAAAGGGAAAGAUUUUCGGAUAGGUGGUAUUCAGAUGAAAUCGACAGAUUCCCACGUUUAGAUGAUCGUCUGGAUCCACCACCUCUGCCACCACGCUCAUCUGAAUUGCUGGGAGACGAGCCAAAUUUAGCCUCUGAGCCGUCAUUGGGAGGUGUAAUGGUCCUUAGUCAAAGGCAACAUGAAAUAAUCCUGAAGGCUGCCCAAGAGCUAAAAAUGCUACGGUGAGUUGGCUGUUGUUCUUGUUUAUUUAGCUUUGGAAAAACCUGCUUUUUCAUCUCCCCUCUGCCUUGCAUUCCCUCUUGCAAAUUGCAAAAAUACAUAUAAUUAGGUGGUAAAUAGCUGUGAACAUUUUGAUCAGCUUAGAUGAUGGAAGGGUAUGCAAGUUUAAUAAGUCAAGGGUCAUUGAGAUAAGUAUGCUUUAAACAGCACUUUUUAUCAGUCUUAAACUAAUGAAGUUAAAAUAGGUGUUUUUUUAAUGUUGAAGAAUCUCCCAUAGAAUCAAGAACAGUUCUGCACAUAGCAUAGUCAAAUAACAUAGCUGGCGGUGAUCACGCUUAUCCUUAAAACUGAGUAGUAAAUAUUCAGGCAGGAGAACCUUGUUCAUGCAGACCUGCAGUAUUUUUAAGAAAUUCAGAAAAGGGAGCCAAUGAAAACAAAAGGUCCAGCAUUGUCUAUCAGUUCACAUGAAGCGGUACAAAGUCCACUCACACUAAUAUUGCCUUAAAGGAGGGCACUUCACAUUUUGUUGUGCUUGGUUUUAAGUUACUCUUGUGUAAAGUUGCCAAGCAGUCAUAUUACACUGCACUCCAUGGAUACAUCAAAUCUAGAUUUUCAAGCAGUGCAUAUGAUGUGACAUUUAUAACUCUGAGACAGGAACAAGUGCUAGAGCAUGCAGAGGUCCCAGGUUCAAUCCCUGGCAUCUCUGGGCAGGGCUGGGAAACCCUGGAGAGCUGCUGCCAGUCGGUACAAGGCAGAAUAUGUUGAAAAAUCUCUGUUGCUAGUUCCUGUUGUCAACAGUGGUGUGUUUCGCUAUUUAUUGAACUAGGAAAGUGGUCUGCAGACGUUCUUUUGGAAUAUGUGAGAAUUCUGAUCACAAAGGUUUGAAUUCUCUCUCUUAAGACCAAAAUGAUAUCCUCAGAAAUUGCAAUGAGAUUUGAGCUGGUGUGAAAAAGAAAUGUACCUUGGGAGCUAAAUGCUCUCUGUGAAGGAUCAAAUGUUCAUUUUUGGCACUGAGAAAAGUGGCACAUUUUGUUGGAAACAUUUGUUCCUGCUUGCCAAAUGACAGCCUAAAGUGGCUAACGGUACUAUAUUAAAACAAUAGAGUAACAAAUCAAAAUGUGCUAAAAAGAAUCAACUGAAGCAGAAAAAACCUGCCAAAAUCCUAAAAUUGCAAACUGCCAAUCAAAAUGAGAUGAAAAAUAUUUAAGGGCAGAUCAGUUCCAUAAAAUUCAAGUUGUAGUACAAUAAAAUAUUAUAUAAGAAACAAAAGAAACAAUAAGAACCCAAUUUAGAAGCAUACAUUAUCUUUCACAGUGCAUUACAAUUGUGAUAAUAGGCAGAACAAUAAUUAAGUGGUCCAGCAAGAUGCUCAGCAAUUUUCAAGUGCUCUAGGUGGAUUGGGGUGUAAAGUUUUGGAAAUACUAGUCUAAAUGUUUUACAAAGUAGCCAAUUUUUAGUUUGUUGCUUAAAAUUCACUAGCUUCUCAGCCUGGCAGGCCUCCUUAGAGAGGGCGUUCCACAGUCUUGGUGCCACAGAUGAACAUAAGUAAACGUGGUGGUUCUUAAAAUCUUGUUUAAGACAAAUGCAUAUACUUUUUGUGGUUUUUAAAAGAACAUUUAAGAUCAAUAAUAUGAUUUUUUGACUGCAGAGAACAGAAAGAACAUAUGAAGAAGAUGAAUGAAUUUGUUCCUGAACUGCCACCACAGGAAAUUCCUAGAGCUAGGAAGGAUAACUUUCAGGUAAAUUAAGUCUUGCUAUGGAAAAUAUUGUGCGAGUGUGAUUUUACUGUGAUGCACUUUUUUUUUGUAUAUGUCUUUUUAAAAAUGGUUUUUAAAUGGAAACUUUUAAGAACUUAUGCUUGAGCUUGCUUCCCCACCCCUCCGGACUAGUUACCAGUCAUUAUGGCCAUGCUCUGUAUCCCUGGUCAGAGGCAGCAGUGGUUCUGCAGCAGGUCUUUCUUGAGAAUGGGGCAUCAUUAUGAAGAAAUCAGAUCUUCAUCCUCGUAACUCUCACUGUGAUUCCAGUGCACCUUUCCUGCAAAUUUCAGGAGAGAAGGGAGAGUCUAGGAGCAGGGUCUCCCAAAGAUGUACUGGAUUUGGACUAUAUAGGACUUUAGGAAAUCACCAUCAUUUUGAAUUCGGCUGGGCCACUUCGUUUCUACUGGUGGCAAGUUUUCCACUGCAUUAAUGGGUGGCCCCACAUAGGGCAUGCUAGAGCAGCUGAUCCCUGAGAUUAUCAAAACAUGGAUGGGCGUUACUGGGUGCCUGUCAGAUGUAGCUGAGAAAAAGCACUCCGUAUUAACUGAGAGCUGGAUCAAACAUUUGUAAAUUUCUCUGCUUAGAGAAAUCUCAAAGACGCAACCAUGUGGAGGAAGUAAUGACUUACCACUGCUUCAUGGCAAGCAAAACAACACUUUUAUAAAAUUUAUCACAUAUCACCACCAGGUAGCCACAACUUUAUCUGUAGCUGUGUUUUGUCAUAUUUUGUUUUCACUACUAUGGCUGCUCCACAUUUGGGUGAUUUACAAAACUUGACCUGGCCACAAAAGAACUUUAGAUGAGAAGGCGCAUUGGGCAACUGAGAUUGCUAAGGCAGCAACAGACACAAGUUGUAUACAGAUUCCUUAAGAUAAGUUUCAGUAUUGUAAAUGCCAUGUAACCAUCUUAAAAAAAUAGAAUUAGCCUUUUCUUUGUACUCUUUUAUCGAUGUUGUACCCCAAAAGGCCUGUUUUAAGUAUCAAAGUACACAUUUGCUAUGACAGUAUCUGACAACAUUUUUAAAAUUGCUAUUAAUUUCAUGUACCUUUUAUUUUAAAAUAUCCUUUUAUUUAGGCCUCUUCUGAAAUGCACGCUGAGAUACCAAUAGAGGAGCAAUCUAUUAAGCCUACGCCAGCUGUAAUAGUAAAGCCACCCGUCAUGUUUCGGAAAGCUGCCCCAACAGCCAAGCCAGGCGCUGCACUUGCAAAGCCAUCUGUCCCAGCGACAAAGGGCCCCCUCCCAUCGGUAAAAAUGCCUGGUCCACCAACACAGCCAAGUACUCCAAUUCCCAUUUCAACAGCAGCAGCCUCUCAAGGUCCAGCUGCUAUGGUCAAAUCAUCACCUGCCCUGAGCCAAGAACGUUGGGAUGAGGAUUCUUUCCAGGGACUUUGGGAUAGCAGUGAAGAUAAAGGGUUAAAAUCCGAGAAUGACUUACCUGCAUCAGAUCUCUCAUUACCUUCAUCGACAGUCGCAACUUCCUUUGGGUCAGGUAUAGCACAACUUUCCAAGCCACCAAUUAUCCAUCAGACUGUUGACUACGGGCAUGGACACGGCCAUGGGCAAGGUGAACACUGUUUAUCUUAAUAAUGCUAAUUAACAGAAUGAUUAUGCCUGUAGCAUUAAAAAAAAUAGCCAAUACAAUUCUCAUCAGAGGAGUGUGCUGGUCUACAUUCUGUGCAUUAAAAAUGGACCCUUUAGGGCAUCUUUACAUUGAUAAGUUAGUAGAGAAAUUUGAUGUUAUGUCUGAUUCCCUGAUCCUUAAAUCGUCUAGCCUGUCUAUGAACUAGAAUGAGAAAGGGCUCUUGUUUUAGUCCUUCCUAUACAGAAUAUGAUCCAGAGUAUUUGUGUUAUGAGAUGGCUAAUCAAUAGAAAUAACAAAUAAUACUUUGGGCCUUAUGCAGAUAAAUAAUAAACUGCCAAUUUGCAGCCUCUAUAACUGCCAUUGUUCAGUCUGAGCUUGCCAUUUUACUGCAAGAAUAUGAUGUAAAGGAGAAGAUAUUGGUAACAUUGGUUGUUACCUAGGUAUUCAUAAACUGAUUGUAUGUCUGAAUGGUUCACAAAACCUAAUGGCACCUUCCGUGUAAGGAAUAGCUAAAACAUUUCAGGCUAAAAUGUUUAGAGAAUAGAUAACAUGGUGGAGGUUUAUAAAAAUAUGAACAGUUUGGAAACAGAAUACUGGACUGGUUUGACAUUGGAAUGAUUGAGGAAGGCAGUUCUGCUUUUUUAAUGCUUUUGUUAUGUUAUGUUGAAACAUAUACUGUUGUGUCAGGUUGCUGCUAUAUCAAAACACCCCAGUUCCUCCUUGCAGACAAGAUUUGAUUAGGUGGGGGACCCACUAAGCAAAACCAGUUUUGUGAUUUUUUGUGCGUUUCUACUUAAGGUUCCUUAUUGGCAUCUGUUAUUUUGUUUUUUGGAAACAAAACAAUUAGCCAUCAAUAAAUUACAGCAUUGCUAGUUUUUCUCCCUGUGGUGUUUUUCUCGUGAGAGCUUUAGCUGGGGAAUGCCUGUUUUUAAUUUAAUUAAAGCUUUGUAAGUAAUGCACAGUACCACAUUGUGGUAAAUGCUGUUUGAUGACUAAGCAAUUUAUACAGCUCUUCUUUAAAACAAAAAAGGCAGCUGUUUCCUGUUAUUGUCCCUCGAGCUAAUGUCUUUGUUGAAGAAAUGACACUUAUUGGUUGGCUGAUUUAGUUUGGCUUAAUUUAUUUUUAGUUGCCUUUCUACACCAAGUUGUGCCCACCCAACCAAAUUAUAAGAGGCAUCCACUUAUUUUCAGACUACAAAACAUUAAUGGGGCAAGAUGGAGAGAAGCAGUAUUCAAAACAUAUUGGUACAUUCAAAUAGGACAAAAACCAACAAUUCAGCAAACAGAAUAAAUUCAGUACUGCAAAAGAAUUAAGCUGGACAUAAAUACAUUACAGAACAAAACAAAAAAAAGUUAACUGACAAUAAAGUUCCAGUUCUUGGAUCUAGUCUUACUGCACUUCAAGGGCUUAAUAAAUGCAGUUCAGAGUGGGAGGAGUCUCCUCACCAGGCUAGAUGGCUUGCAGCUGACUACCAUCAUCAUACCUCCUGCAGAGAUUGACAAAAGCCAAAGGGAAAUGCUGGGGAGGGCACGGAUGGUAAAUCUUCUUCCCCAGCCUCCAAGAUGUUCAAGCUGCUGGUGAUGGUCUGAAUGCAUUUAUUCGAAGAUGGUAUCUGGGGCAAUCUCUUAAUUUUAUUAUUGCUAAUUUGUAUUUGACAGAUAUAACCAGUAAAGGUGGACAAAUUCCUUAUGGGGAGCGUAUAACUCUGCGUCCAGAAGCUCCUCAUGAGAGGCAGCCCUUUUCAAAAGGUGGGUGUACUUUGGUGUCUCUGAGAUGUCUCUUUUAAGUAGAAGGCAGGCAUCAGUUUGAUAUUUGGUAGGUUCCUUGUUAAAACAUACACACGUUCCACCUCCUUUUUAAAGUAAUAUGGCUUUCACCAGGUCUUGAAUUCUUGUAAAUACUCAAAGAGUUGUUCUAGAUAUUAUGGAGAACAACAGCCAUCCCCAUUCCCAACCUGAUGCACUCCAGAUGUUUUCAUCUAUAAUUCCUAUUGGCCAUGGUUAUUGGGGCACCAGGUUGAGGACGGCUGAUGUAGACUGAGGUGGCAGAAUUCAAGACUGUACCAGACUGAAGGUAGGGUGGAAUGCCCCCUCAUAUAAAAAGCUCCCUGUACGUAGAAAACUAGCACGUUGGGGAAGAGAGAUUUAGAAUAGCCUUCUCCAUGUUGUUUGUGUUUUGUCUUGAAUGGUGUGUUUAAAAUGAAGGAGCAUUCAAACUUGCAAUCCCUUGCUGUAGUCAAAUAGUUCAACCCAAGAAAUCUGCUACUUGAUGCUUCUACCCCAUUCUGCGAUCCUGUAGAAUAACUCUUAAAAUUAUUUUGACUUCAUUUUCCAGAACACCCAGGCCAACGGGAACGAUAUCUCAAGGAAAGAGAUGCUUAUUUUGAGCGGCAAAAUAAUGUCAAUAUUGAUCACAGAGACUUCAGGCGAGAGAGAGAGCCAUACAGGGACCGUAUUUCUGGAGAACAUGAACGGGAAAGAUUUGACAAAGAACGCUAUCAACGAGAUGACAGGUAUGUAACAUAGGAGGAAUAAGUAGGAUUCAGAAGUGUGUCUUCAUACAGGUUGCGGUGCUGAGUUUUUGAACUGUCACUUCUCUCUUUGAUUUUUGUACAUGUGAGUAUCAUGUUCUGCUUCCACACUCAGAGGGAGUAUGCAUACCAGUUGCUGGGAAUCACAAGUGAAGUGAGCACUGUUGUACUCAUGUCCUGCUUGUGAGCUGAAGCCUUGUGAGCAUAUGCCAUGGGAGGACAGACAUUUAAAAUGUUCUUCCCCUCUUGGUUGAAAGGUGUAUGGUAUAUUGGUAUAUUGGUUGAAAGGUGUACGGCUGAGAUUGUAACUGUUUCAUACAGAGAUAUAUUACUUGGGGUGGGCUUAAUAAAGGAUAGUCAUUGCAUCUGGCAGCAAAGUAUAGGAUUGGCCAGAAAUUGGUUUAUCAGAGAAUCUCGUGUACAUUUUUGUUAAAUGUGUAAUAUUCAAAUAAAUCAUGCAGUUUGUGUUACCAUAUGCUGUCUUCAUUUAGCAGGCCAUCUCCUUCAAGAGCUCAGUCCUAUCGUGACAAAGACCAUUCAAACUCAAGACGGGGAGGAUUUGAAAGACAAUCAUAUGACAGAAAACCUGAUCGUCCACCUUAUGAUCAUGGGCCUCCGAUGUUUGGAGGUAUAAAUCUUCAACCUUGAAGAAAUAUUAGAAUAUUGAGGUCUCAGAAUGAAUUUGGGAAUAUGAACUCGCUUACUUGUUCCUUAUAAUUAAGGAUAAAAGUAUUAUCAGUGAUUGAAGUUGCAUUUGACCCUCCUUGCUUCAGAGAGAGGGGUUUUAAGGAUCAUAUUUGCAUUACAAUGUAAUGGAACUUUUUUAUGUGAAGCACCCCAGGAAUUUGAUUGAAGGGCAGUAUAGAUACAUCUAUAUAAAUAAAGAACUCUGUUCGGUCUGUCUGAUUAUUAAUAUCAGUAAGACCCAACUUCUGACUAUUGGCCAAGCUAGUGUGGAAUCAUAGGAGUUUGAGUCCAACAACAUCAGAAGGCCACAGGUUCCCCUUCCCUGCCUUAAGCAAUAACUAUGAAGUUUGAGACUCAAUAUUUUCAGUAUUCGAAGCCUUUGCAUGUACUGAAUAGAUACUGGGCUGCAUCCAAUACACUGCUUUGUUCAUGCAGUAAACUUCCUCUUGUGCAACAGAACUUCCCUCACCUCUUCUCCCCUGCAGACUUCCCAUGCAUCCUCAAAUUCUGCUAUAGGGAUUGGGGGACCCUCUGGAGAAGAUUUUGGGGGUGCACAAUGAAAGGAGAGGAAGGUGAAGCUACACAAGUAGAACUCUUUUCACCCAGCAUUAGAUACAGUCCAUUAUAAUUAUGUACAGUGCAAUCCUAUGCAUGUUUACUAAAAAGUAAGUCCCACUGAGUUCAUUGUGACUUACUUCUUUCUAAGUGCAUGUAGAAUUGCAGCCGUUGUCCUAUAUACAAGGAUAUGAAUAAUCUAUCUCAUUCUUAUACAGUGGUACCUCAGGUUACAUACGCUUCAGGUUACAGACUCCGCUAACCCAGAAAUAGUGCUUCAGGUUAAGAACUUUGCUUCAGGAUGAGAACAGAAAUUGUGCUCCGGUGGCAUGGCAGCAGCGGGAGGCCCCAUUAGUUAAAGUGGUGCUUCAGGUUAAGAACAGUUUCAGGUUAAGAACGGACCUCCGGAACGAAUUAAGUACUUAACCCGAGGUACCACUGUAGUAAGACUUUCGUGCAGACAGACUGUUAGGUUUCUUCAUUCAUGAAUCACCCAAUGUGGUUAUCACGUGUUCAAAGCAGGUGCUGUACAUUAAGCAUUUCUUGAUUUUAUUUAUCUAUCCCCCCCAAAAAAAAAGGAUUAUGCAAAGUUGUAUUUGGAAAUUGUGCUACACAUGGUAAUAGAAAAUUCUUAUGCCUUGCAAUGUGUUUUUUUUGUUAUUUGCUUUCCUAAUUAGACCCUUGCAUGUUCUUAGAUAAAUGUUCCAAUUCAAGCAAUAUAUCUGUUAUUCAGUACGUAAGAGAACACACCUUAAUUUAUCCUAUUUCUGAGGGAUUAAUUUUCUCAUAAUCAUUUCUGUUGUUUGUCCUUGUGGCUAAAAUCAAAGUAGCACAUUUUUUUUCUCCUGAAACGAAGGUUCAUUAACUUUCCUAAACCACAGAAGAAGUCAGUAUCAAAGUCUCUAGCUUGAAGGGAAAAUAUUAUUCAUUCAUUUUUAUUGCACUAUGCCAUCUUUUGGGGUUCUUCUUUGUUUUUGUUCCAGUUUAGAAACUUCACUUUAAAAUAAAUGAAUGAAAUGUACAGACUAAUGAGUAAAUUGCCCACAAAGCAUAUUGGAAACAGAAGUUGAAGUCUCUUAGGAACUAAUGGUCUCUUAAUUCAGUGCAUAAUUUUAGUUAAUUUUCUUUUUCUCUCUUGUGUGAACUUUGUGUUAAGGUGACCGCAGAAAUUACCCUGAAGAAAGAAUGCCCAUUUCUGCUCCAUCAUUACCCCGACAACCACCACCUGCCCCUCGUGUAGAGAGGAAACCAGAAUCUAAAAAUGUGGAUGAUAUACUGAAGCCACCUGGAAGGGAGAGUAGACCAGAGAGGGUGAGUAGUGUGAAUGUGGCUUUCUAAUCUUAAGCAACAAAAUGCAUGAGAAAUAGACACUUCAGCUAAUGUUUAUGUAAUGUGUAAUCUCCCCAGACAGAUUCCCAUGCCUUCCAAAGUUUGACUGAAUUUGGAUGCAGUCCUGCUCUCCAAGCUCAGCCAGAUCUCCCCUCUCCUUGCUUGCUACCCAGUGAGGGUGAAAGCAAUCCCCACACAGGGGCUGCCAUGUUUGAGUAGCAAGCAAGAAGAGGAGUUGACUGGUCUACCAUUACCAUUCCCCAUGCUGCUAAAUGUGGUGCCUGGUUGAUUCUGUGGUUGCAAAAUGUUUCUCUCAGCAGCUCCCAGUGAGAGAACAGUGAAGUAAACCACCUUGGGUGCCUUGGCAGAAAGGCGGUGUUUAAAUGCAAUGAAUAUGUAAAUAAUAACACAAUUAAUUUAUGCUGUCUUUGUUUUAGAUUGUCAUUAUCAUGAGAGGAUUGCCAGGCAGUGGAAAGACUCACGUUGCUAAGCUUAUCAGGGUGAGUGAAUAACCAGCAGCUUUCUUUGGCAUCUUCAGUCUUCACUGAAGAGUGGAACGCCCUUACAUUUUGGUCCCAGCUGUCUGAGUGCACAGUUUCCUUUAUUUAAUCAUUCAGAGCUCUAAAAUAUAUAGGGGCUGGAUUGACUUGAAAUGAAGAGGGGAAAACAGAAUUCCCUCUUACUAACUGUGAGGGGGUGCUGUAUGUUCUGAGUUGAAGCACUUGCACCAUUAAAUGCAGGCUAUUUAUUAAUGGUGUGUUUCCUUCCCAGGAUAAGGAAGUUGAAUGUGGAGGAGCUGCACCCAGAGUCCUCAGCCUGGACGACUAUUUUAUCACUGAAAUAGAGAAAGAAGAGAGAGACCCUGAUACAAAGAAAAGAGUUAAAAAGAAGGUACUGCAUUUCAGUUGUUGAUUAGCUCCUUGUCUUAGAUCCAUAGCAUCCCACCCGACUACAGAAAGGAUCCUUCUGUUUGUGGAAGGCACUAAGAUCCAGCAGAGAUUCUCCCUAGAUGAAGGGGAAAGGUGAUUUUUCAACUCUUUCCCUUCCUCCCAAUCCUCUGGAACAUAUUUUCUAAGGACAUGGGGGACUGUAGGGGGGAGGAAUAAUUGUUUUUUAAAAAAAACAAAAAAACCCCAUCUUCCUCCAGCAUAUGUCUGGAUCCAACUUUUGCAACAUAUUUCUUCUCCAUUACGUUUGGACCACUGCAGUAGUGUUCAAUGACAACAGGAGGCACAGAUAGAAAAGCUGGGCUGCAUAGGGCUUUUAGACAACACCAUGUUGCACUUUGAAGUCCUGAAUGUUCCCAUGGCUAUCUAUUGGCAGUCAUGGGAACUGCAGUAUGAUGACAUCCUUACAAUUUUAUUAUGUAGCAUUUACCAGUAUAUGUGACAUAUUUACCAGCAUAUGUGAUAGCAGUAACUGAAUUUCAGACUUUAGCAAGAAGGCCUCGUUCUUCUUUUAGCUAACCUUCUCUUUUUCUGGAGCAGAUUUUGGAGUAUGAAUAUGAAGCUGAUAUGGAAGAAAUCUAUCGUGCCAGCUUAUUCAAAACUUUCAAAAAGACUUUGGAUGAUGGGUUUUUCCCCUUUAUCAUCCUUGAUGCAAUUAAUGACAGAGUACGCCAUUUUGAGCAGUUCUGGAGUGCUGCAAAAACAAAAGGUUUUGAGGUAAAUAUUAUUGGAUAAUCUCUGUCAUUGUUAGCUGCUCUAAAACAGGUUUUCCAUGCCCUUGAACCCUGAGCAUUAAUACUGGGCCACUGGCAGCCAAGGCAAACUCAAACUUGGGUACCUGUAGGAUAUAAGGACAGUACUGCCAAGAAUGUUAAGGGGGUGAUUGUAGCCCAGAAAAUUUCAGGUUCAGUCCCUGAUAUCAGCAGGUAGGGCUGGGAAUUAAUUCCUAUCUGACACCCUGGCAAACCAUUGCCAGUCAGGGUAGGCAGUUCUGAGCUAGAUGGACUAAUUGUCUGAUUUCAUGUUAGGUAGCCUCUUAAAUCUCUCUUAAUAGCAUCAGUUGAAAUUGAGGUGUCAUGCAAGGGUCUAAGAUGCCCUGAAGCAGUUGAUAAGGGGAGCAACAAGCAGGCUGGAGGCAGAGAGCAAGGUUAGUGAAACAUAAGGGCAAGGCCUAAACUAGAUUUUUGCCUAAGCAGAGAUCCUGGCCUGACUUGGAAGCAUAUCUAACCAGGCCAUGAUAGAAAAAACUAGCAGGAUGAUGGCGGGUGGAAGGUAGGAAGCCAUGUGGAAAUCCGAAGGAAAUAAUACAGCCCACUUUCCCCUUUUGCAAGUUAGAAUGGCAGCCAGUUGUGGAAUUCCCUGCCAUCAGAGUACCAUUUUUUUGUCUCCACCUACAGAAAGACAAUAAAAAGUUCCCGAUCCAGGUGCUGUAGUUGACUGGGGAAUUGUUGUUUUGAGUUUGCCACAUAGUUUAAUGCUGCCUUUAUAGUGCUUUGUUUUUAUAAUAUAUUUGUUGUUCUGUUGUUAAUUACUUUGAAAGCCUCUCUAGAAAAGAGCAAUAAAAUCCAAGAAAUGACUGAGGGGCUCAUGCCAGUCGUGAGCACACAGGCCAGUCGUUUUCCACAUAUAAGUCCAAAUGGAUCCUUGGCACUGAUCGUGCUUUCUUUUAUUUAGCCUUGCCUUUUCCAUUUAAAUUUGCACACACUCCUUCUCCUUAGUUCACCAAGCUUACUUUGGAAAAUAUGUUGGGGAUGAAUGAGAUGUUUCUGAGCACAUUCUCUCCCCCCCCCAACACCAUGCUUUCUAGGUCUACCUAGCUGAAAUUACUGCAGACAACCAAACUUGUUGCAAGAGAAAUGUCCAUGGACGCAAGCUCAAGGAGAUCAGUAAGGUAACUUUAUAAAGUUUUGGAGUCACAGAGGUAACUAACAUUUUCUUAGAGCUACAAGAAUUACUCAUCCUUGUGGGGGGUAGGGGAGGCAAACUUGUCUCUUUUGAAGGUACUACAUUUUAUGGUACCGCAUUGGUCCUAGUAGCCAAAGCAUUCUUUAUACUGAAUAUUGUAGAAACUGCUCCAACUCUCAUUUCCCAAUUCCAGAUGGCUGAUCAUUGGGAAACAGCACCCCGUCAUAUGAUACGUUUAGACAUUCGCUCUUUGCUACAAGAUGCUGCUAUUGAAGAGGUGAGAUUUCCAAGAAGCCAACUUAUCCAUGUAUAUGAUAUUCAUGGCUGUAGAAAAGAUGAAUACAGUGGUACCUCGGGUUAAGUACUUAAUUCGUUCCGGAGGUCCGUUCUUAACCUGAAACUGUUCUUAACCUGCAGCACCACUUUAGCUAAUGGGGCCACCGCGCCGCCGGAGCACAAUUUCUGUUCUCAUCCUGAAGCAAAGUUCUUAACCCGAGGUACUAUUUCUGGGUUAGCGGAGUCUGUAACCUGAAGCGUAUGUAACCCGAGGUACCACUGUAGUUAUUAAAGUAGAAAGCAGGUAAAGGAUUUGACUAAAGAUUCAUUGCUUAGUGAAAUCUUAAAUUGAAAAGUAGUAGACAUCUGGAAGAAUUGUACACUCCCGAAGCCGCCACAGGACUCCCAUGAGGAAACACACAGCAAAACAUAGUGGUUUGACUGAUAUCAUUCCAUAAAGUAAAGUCUUUCUCUCUUUCACUCUUGAGUAAAUAUCUUAGCUUUCUGAAAGAGAUUACUGUAAUUGUACGGGCCAGUGACUUUGGAUCCUAUACAGUAUACUAUGGGUACAAAUACACAUUUUCACACUUAAUACAGGCAUAACAAGUGUCUGAAGAAAAUCAUCUGCUCAAGACUUUUUAAGUUGUCUGCCACUGUAAGAAAGCAUAGGAAUGUGUACAUUUUGAGGGUUUUUUUUAAGCAACAUAUUUGCAUAUAUGUGGAGAGAAAGAGAAGUGUAAUGUAAAGUUAUCAGUAUUAAAGAACGUGUGUGGAACAGAAAAGCAAGUUGCAAAUUUCUCAUCAAUUUCUGAGGUGAGAAAUAGAAGAAUAAAUAAAUACAGUACAGUUCUGUAGAAAAGAUAAAUCUUACUUGUAUAGUAUAUACAUAUCUUUGAUUUAAAGAAAUGUUUUUGAGUCUCUCUUAUUUAAGUACAAAGUUAGUGCUGCAACAUCUCUAACAAACAGGUAAUGUGUAGUUUUCAAAUUGUACCUUGGCUUAGGUGGAGAUGGAGGAUUUUGAUGCCAACAUUGAAGAUCAGAAAGAAGAAAACAAAAAAGAUGCAGAGGAAGAAGAGAGUGAACUGGUAGGAAACACAUCAGCCCAACCCCAUCAACAAAUUUAUCUUAUUACAGUGCCUAACAGGGAUUCUGUCUGCACUAAAAUCCAAAUCCCCUCCCCCUGGCUGAUACCAUUUCCAACAAUAUGGGAGUUCUGGAUUUAUACUUCGUUAUUUUAGAAUGGAGAAAUUUUCUUUGAAAUCUUGAAUGUAGAAAGAGAUGUUCAGAUUGUUAGUUUCGUUUUGCUGUUUUCUGAAGAAUUGUUCUUAACUAAACUUUUUCUAGCUGUAAGAAAUAGCUCUUGGAUUGAAAUCCUGUGCUUGUUUAUUCAGAAGCAAGCCCCCACUACAGGAUUUCAGCCUUUGAAGAUCUUAAGUAAAAUAUUUCCUUCUCAUUCAGCUGAUAAGAGAGCAGUCAGCAAAGAGGCAAAUUGUUCUCCCAACUCCAAAAAGCAGAACUCUCUAAACGUGACAUUCCUGCAACAAAGUACUUUCAAUACAGCCUUCUGAAUGGAGGACAGAAUUCCUCUGGAACUCUGAUGCAGAGGCAAGACACAUCAUUAAUGUAAUCACCGAUGACUGAGAGAGGGGACAUCUUUCACUCUCUUUCCUCUUGAAGGGGAUUACAAAGUAGGAAAUGUUAGGAUAUGCUGAAACACAGUACUAAUGAUCCUUUCUUGGAUUCUAUAUUCCACUUUCCAUCUUCACAUCCUGCUAGCACCUUGGUUGAAGGGCAGGAUAAUUCCACAGACAUGUUCUUUUUAUUCUUUUUGGCCUAGCAUGGAGACUGCUUUUGUAGUAGUAGCCAUUUUAGGCAAAAUGCAGAUAGUAUAUUCCACAGGCACAUCAGGGCAUGGUCCCAGGUGACCAAAAUUUCCAGCUGGAAUUCAAAUGGUAAGACUAUCUUCUGAGAGAUCUGAGAGAUGUUCCUCAUGUCAUUGCUGUUCAAGUGCAUGAGUCUCUCAGAUACUUUAAAAGUGCAUGAACAGUCCCCUGCAAUCUCUGCUGUGCCAUAAAAGACUGUGGUAGUACUGAAUGUUUCUACCAGAAGCAUAUAUGUCAUCUCUAUAACCUGAGGUUAAAAGCUCUUAAAGAUGGGAAUGAAAUAGUUCAAGACAGGAAAAAUCUUCACUGAGACUGGUCAUAAGCACUUGUGGGAGGACCUACAUAACUUUACUAUGGCAGAUAAGGAUAGUUUGCUUCAUGUUCCAUGUUGGGCAAUGUGUUCUGUAGAAACUUAUGGCUAAAACAUUUGAACUACUACUUCUUUGGUGAUCACUCACAGCCAAGUAAGAUUGUUUUCCAUAAACACGGUUUUAACAGUGAGUAACAGUAAGUGACUGUGGAGGCCAAUUCUGGAUCCACACGUCCUUCCACAGUGGGGACAUAGGUUUCCGGGCGAGAGUUGAUCAUGGUGAGGGUUUGCCAAGCGCGCCUUCCUCUAUGCACCUUUCUCCCUUUUGUCCUGAGUUUGAGAGUCUUCAACGCCCAUGACACCUGUGGUAAAAGCUGUUUUCCAAUUGGAGCGCUCGCAGGCCAGUGUUUCCGAGUUGUUGGUGUUUAUACUACAUUUUUUUUAGAUUUGCCUUGAGUCUUUAAACCUCUUUUGUUGACCACCAGCAUUACGUGUUCCAAUGGAAUGGAACAUUGGAACAUAAGGCUCAUAGCCAAAGGGAGGUUGUUGUUCCCUUUGCUCUGCGUGAGUGGAGAUUACAUGUUUAAUGGCUUACAGGAAGCUAGAAGAUCCAAUAUUGCUUGGUUAAGAAGCUGACAACCAGAUAGGCCCCUCUUUCUAAUGCAACACCAAAGUCAGGAAGAAAUCGGACAACAGCCCAACACAGAAUCCAUUGCCUGUGGAAGUGGGUUGUUGUUACAGCUCUUUUACAGCAUAUGGCAAUGCACAGUCCCCAGCCAAGAUGUCCAAGAGAGAGAACAGCUGGAUUGUGUGUAUUGUGCCAGAUUUGUCCUGUCUUUCCUAACCAGGCCAAGCCUCCCCACUAAAAAAGAAGAAAUCCAAUUAAGCUUUUGGUGCGAUUACUUACUUCUGAGAUAUGGAAGGUAGUCGUUUCAACUGUUGAACAGCACUUACAGGUUUUACAUUUUACUGUUGAACAACUCAUCAAGGAAGUUCCACUGGUACCUUCCCUCCCCUUCAGUGAUAAUAGGGCACAAUUAACACUUUCUGAACUUCAAGAUCCUGAAGCAGUUCACCCCAAAAAGAAUUCUGAAUUGAAGUUUCUGAAGAAGACAAAAGUGCCAUGCAUCAGUUGAUUUUGAUUAUUCUUGGGUUCUGCAGCUUGCUUAUGAGAUUUCUGAGAUUCAUAUAUAAUUGAACCAUGAGAAGGUGCUGUAUUCAGAGACAUGUGAAGAAAUAAUUGAUGCAUCUCUGACAAAGAAAUAACCAAUAUCAAGGUAAAACAGUUACUCAAGGAACUGGAAAAAACCAUCUGGAAGCUACGAGCACCAUGCCAGUGGAACGGCCUCUUUGGACUUUGAUACAUAUUCCUGCUUUUUGGUGACAAUAAUUUGAACAAGCAAAGCUGAGGUGAUCCUGACUGUUUUAUGGAGACCAUGUUUCUUUGAUUAUUCUUGCGCGCGCGCACACACACACACGUAUAUGUAUAUGGAAAUCAGCCCUGAGUGCUCACUGGAAGGACAGAUCAUGAAGCUGAGGCUCCAAUACUUUGGCCACCUCAUGAGAAGAGAAGACUCCCUGGAAAAGACCCUGAUGUUGGGAAAGAUGGAGGGCACAAGGAGAAGGGGACAACAGAGGACGAGAUGGUUGGACGGUGUUCUCGAAGCUACCAGCAUGAGUUUGACCAAAUUGCGGGAGGCAGUGGAAGACAAGAGUGCCUGGCGUGCUCUGGUCCAUGGGGUCACGAAGAGUCGGACACGACUAAACAACAACAAUAUAUAUAUGUAUAUGCAUAUAUGCACCGCAAACAGCCAAAUCCCAGCAUCUGGAAUUCAGUUGGCUUUGCUGAUCUGCCUGGAAGUUGAGCAGCAGUAGCUAGAGAUGAAAGGAGAUGCCCCAGCAAUGACUGGUAACAUUUUGAUGUCUCUCAAACCAUCCAGCAACUGGCUCCUGAGUUCUUUGGAAGUUCUUCUGAUGGCAAGAAUAAAAGUCUGGGUAACCUGGAAGACAAAGAUACUGGAGGUUAAACGUACAACGAGAUAUAAUUCCAUGUCUCAAAUGAGUGAAACUUUAUGAUAGUGGAUACAUUUAAGUUGUGAUAUAAUCAAAAUGCUUCACAGUGCAUAUAUAUUCAGAACUCCUAAUUCCUCCCUGGUAUAUUGGGCCAAGAGCCAUUUUUAGAAGCUUGUUAGUGACAUGUUUCAAGUUGGUAAAUUGUUUAUUUACUUUUCAAAUUUUUAUUUUUAUUUUUGAAAGGAUUUUGAAAGGAACGUUUACAGUAAUGUAUUUGAGUUUUAUUUUAAAUCAUUUUUUGUUUACAGAACCCAAACAGGAAUAUAACCAUUUUAAAGGGUUAUAAAAUGAGUGUAUCAGAUAUAUAGUUGAUACAUAAUUCUUAUUACAUAUUUUGAGGGUGACAUAGUUAUAGUAUUACUGCUUGUGGGGAGGUCCAUUGUGAAUUAUAUGAGGACACAAGGACGUUUCCACGCUCUAGAAUCAAUGAUUUCUAUUUGUAGUACUUCAUCAUUGUAAGUAUUUUUGCUGUCUUAAUUUCAGUUCUAAGGCUUUGUACAAAAGUGGACUGCUGGUUGAGCUUUCUAUUAAGCUGGAGCUUGGAACUCUAAAUGCAUAUGCAAGGUGAACUAUUUGGAUAAUAUGCUCCAACUCAGAGCAAUGGUUUUGACUUGAUGUUCAUAGAGUAUUCAGUAUUUACCUCAGAAGGUGUAAGAGCUUCAGAUGCUCAAAGUCUGUUCAUCUGUUAUAGCCACUGAGUUCUCUUGUUUAAAAGUCUGCAGAUCCAGCACCAUCAGGUAGAUUUUUUUUGGGGGGGGGGGGACAGAUCUUUUACAGACCAUGUAAAAGACCAUGAGGAUGUUGCCUUCCUCAGGAGGGUAGCCUGUUCCUGACUGUUUCCCAAUAAUCCCCUUCUGAAUGUUAAUCAGAAACAACUAUUAGGAUGAAGGAUAGCAGCUAUUAAAAAUCCACACAAAUGUGGUUUAUACUGUUAAACUAAAAGUUAGGUUUAUUGAGAACAGUUCAUAAAUAUGUAGUCAUCGAUGCGUCUGGUUUAGUCUUUGGGGCGUUGUUUUCUGCUGACUCAGUGAGGGACUGAGAGGACCGGUCUGGAGGUUGGCAUUGUUCCUGAAGAUCUUCAAACAUCAGGUGGAUGGACAAAUACCAAAGCUUGUUAGCCUAAGACGGACUUAGGACCUUGGCAAAGGAGGGUCACCAGCGUCCUGGACCUUCCCCCAUCAACAGCACUUAAGCAGAUACUAUUCAGAAGCGUACUUCCUCUGACAGUGGACACAACUAUCAGGGUCAGUAGCCCUUGAUGGCAUUUGUCUAAUUCUCUUUUAAAGCCUCUCUUCUGAAGUUGGUGGCCAUCACUGCCUCUUAUGGACAGAAUUCCAUAAUUUGUGUACUAUGUGAAGAAGUACUUUCUUUUAUCUUUCCUGAAUCUCGAAACAUUCAGGUUCGUUGGAUGGAUGUCCAUGAAUUCUGUUGCUAUGAGCGAGGGGGGAAUUAUCUACUUUCUCCAUAACGUACAUGGCAUAAUGCACUUCUAUCAUGUUGCCUCUGGCUCAACUUUUCUCUAAACCAAAGAGUCUGAAAUAUUUUUAACCUUCUCACAGGGGAGAUGCUCCAUCCCCUUUAUCAUUUUGGUUGCCCUUUCCUGAACCUUCUCCAAUUCUACAAUAUCUUUUUUGAGGAUAGGCAACCAGAAAGGCACACGGUAUUCCAAAUGCGGUCGCACUAUAGAUUUGUGAAACGGCAUUAUGAUGUCGGCAAUUUUAUUUUCAGUUCCUUUCCUAACGAUCCGAAGCAUGGAAUUUGCCUUUUUCACAGCUGCUGCACACUGGGUCAACAUAUUCACAUAUCCAUCGAGCUAUGCACUACGACCCCAAGGUCUUGUUCCUGGUCAGUCAACACUAGUUCAGACCGCUUGAACAUAUACGUGAGAUUUAUAUUUUUUGCACCGACAUGUAUCACUUUACUCUUCUUUACAUUAAAAUGCAUUUGCCAUUUUAGUCGUCCAUUAUCACGGUUUGGAGAGGUCCUUUCAGAGCCCUUCACAAUCUCUUUUUGUUUUAAUGACGGUGAACAUCAGCAAACUUGGCCUCCUCACUUCUCUCCCCUAAUUCUACAUUGUUAAAAAGUGCCUGUCCCAAUACCAAAUCUCGGGGGACUCUACUUUCUACAUCCCUCCAUUGGAAUAACAGUCCAUUUAUUCUUACUGUGCACUUUAUUUUAUUUCACCACUUCUUGAUCCACAUUUUCUGAUCCACAAUGACAAUGGUUUGGACCCAAAGAUGCCAAGCAAAAGGUACUUCUCCUUACACAAGGGAAGAUACUACAUAUGUUCAGCACUUCUCCCUUCCCAUUGCAGCCUUUCCACGCUUAUUUCAUGCCCUUCCAGAGGGUCUCCAAACCCUCAGGAACUGCUUUUCUGGGUGUGCAGAAGGUUGCAGUGGAGAGGGAAGCCCCAUUUUGUGAGCAGAACUCACAGGUAAGGUUCAGCGCCAUUCGAAACAGCUUGAAGAAAUUUGGCCCAAUGGCUAAUAGCUGGGAAAUAUUGUAAAUACAUAGGGAUAGAUAUUGCGCCAAUUUGAGAGGUUCUUUGCUUUUCAUUCUUGAAAUCGGAAUUACUCCCAUUGGUGUUAUGCCAUUUCUUAAUAGCAGAAGUGAGGGCCAAAUUACACACUAUACAAAAUUUUUUGUACCUUUUCCUCAAUUUGUUUUGUAAGGAAAAGCAACAACCGGGGCAGUAUUUCAAAAGGGUGGGUGGAGAAGGAAUGAGAAAAGCAGUUGUGGGGCUAUCAGAAGAAGAAACGAGUUCCUCCUCUGCCUUUUUUCACUUCUGUCUUCGGCCUCUGUUGUUUGCUUUUCAUGGUUUGAACUAAGGAUCAAAUUAAUACAUUCUCGCAGAAGCAGUAAACUCCUGAAUUUCUAAAAUGAGGAAACUAAAUGUACUUAUGGAAUUCAGACUCAUUCAUUGGAUUUGUAUGAACUGAAUUACCUAUAAGGGUUUACAAGGUUUGUUUAUUUAAAAUAUUUAUAUCAUGCUUUAUUAUAUAAAUAAUCCAGACAGGUAGUAACAUGGUCAAUAAAAAGAGCACAGUAAAAACCAAAGCAAAAGUACACAGUGGCAGAACAAAAAUAAGACAACAUGGUCAUUUCAGUGGACAUUUCAGGGGACACGGGACUAUGGAAUAACUCAUACAUAAGAGAACAGAAUCACCGGGCUCCAAACGUCUUCCCAAAGAGUCAAGUUUUUGACUAGCACCUGGAGGCAUACCAUUUUGGGGCUAGGUGAUUCUUUCUGGGGAGAGCAUUUCAUAGAACUAGUAGUACUACUAAAAAUUCUCUGUUCCUAGUGGACAUCCACCAAACUCGUUACCCACCAACCGUCAAACUUUGCAUUGUGCAGGCCCUUGAGGUAGUACUUACCAGAGAUACAUUUGCCUUUAAGAUACAUAGGGCCCAAGAUGUGUUGGGCUUUAAAGGUAAGAACAAACACCUUGAACUGAAUUUGAAAACCAAUCAGCAGACAAUGCAGAUCAACCAAUACUUGGAAUAAUAUGCUCUGACUGGCUCGUUCCUGCUGGCAACCUGGCUGUGGUAUUUUGCACUAUUUAAAGUCUUGGGACGCUUUUCAAGGGCAACCCCAUGUAACGCGGGUUACAAAGUUUUGUGGUGCAUAAAUGACUACAACCAGAUGUGAAUUUUCCAGGGAAGGUAGCAGCUGGUAUAACAGCCUAAGCAGGUAAAAGACACUCCAAGCCACAACCUUGAAAAUCAGCACUGGAUCAAGGAGCAUUCUUCAUGCUACAAACCUGAUUCAUAAAAAAGAAUGCAGAAUACAUCCAAAACAGGUUGUACAUCUGCUUCUAGAUCAGGUUUUCCACCAACUAACUGUACAUCUGUCCUAUCUGGAUGAAGUUAAAUGUUUGUUAAAUUCAGUUGAGACACACCGUUCACAUAAAAUCUUAACGAAGAAUGAUUGUGAGGGUUGUACUUUUGUUAUUACAGACUUUCACUUUGGUCCACUUAGGGCCCGUGCAUGUAUGUCGGUAGCUGAAUGGGGCAGGCUUGUUCACAAAACGUGUUUCUCUCUCAGUACCGCUUUCCAAUCCAGCAGCCUGGGCUGCAUAAACAUUGUUUUCUUUACAAAGCUGAAAUAGUUUCAGCUGCUCAGGGGAAAGAACAAGCACUGUAUUCAGUCCCAUUUGCUACCAAAUAGCUGGUUGAUGGGAUUUCUUCUUAUUUUUGAAAAAGCAAGUUACUCAUGAAGUACUUCAGACGUGCUCCGUUGGAUCGGAACCGGACUUGUUUAAGUUCACACAUUACACUUGGCGUUACAUCUGUGACUAGCACCAUAUAACAUAAACAUCAUCAAACUCAAGCUGAGCAUAUGGAGAUAUCCUCAUAUAUAAAAUAUAAUCUAAAGCUAGCCAAAGGAAUAAAACUGGAUUCGCACGGCAUUUUUAUGUUCUCUCAUAUUAAAUAUGUGUGCCAUUAUAAAAUUGUUUAAUAAAAAUACACUAUGUAGUCGGAACACAAAUUGCGGAAUUCUUCUGUACGGUUGAAAAAAGAUACCUAUUUCAGAAUAAAUAAUUUGAUCCUAUGUUUGUGGAAAAUACUCUGGAAAGAAUGCAAAUAACAAUGGGUAGAACUCAAAAGCUAGAACCUCUUAAGCCUCCUUCCUGCUCCUCCCCCUCCCAAAAAUUAGGGCAUUAUGAUGCAGCACACAGAGUUGGGGAUAUCUGGAGAGCCAUGAUGUGCAUGGGUCUCUGUGACUUGUCACAAAUAUACUUCAGGUCAUGCCACAUUGAGAAGUAUGUAAUAUGUGUUUCUACUGUUGUUGCUGUAAACUGACUCAGGAGCCCUUUAUUUACUGAGAGUGAUAUCUUGCACUGGAUAUGAUGGAAUUAUGAUUAUUAUUUUUUGCAGUAGUUUGCAUUUUAAAAAAACAUUCUUCCCAUUCACAGUUCUCAUUCAGGUAGCCCUAAGGAAAUGUUUGCAGUAUAAUGCUUUUGCAAAUUAAAAUGUAUGUUAUGUCUCUUAUCUCUCUCUAAUCCUUCGAGCUUCUCUCUGUAUAUGAUUUAGGGUUACAUUCCGAAAAGCAAAUGGGAGAUGGAUACUUCUGAAGCAAAACUAGGUGGGUAUUUCAUUUCUUUUUUCCAAGUAAAAUAUAUAUGACAGUAUUUGCACAUCUCUCGUUUGCAGCUCUGAACACUUGCCUAAGGCAAAAUGAUAUGAAUUGAAUAUGCCAUUUCUGAAAAUACAAAUAUCCCUGAGCUGUGUAAUAUGCACUUACCUUUUAUUGUUGGAAAAGGUACAAGUAAUCAAAUCCUUUAACUUGUAGCUUUUUGUGUGGUUUGUGUGAUGCAGUUACUUUUAUUCUAGCAUUCAAAUAAGUGAGUUGUAUUUGCAUUUCCUGCUGAGCUGCUGAGGAUAAUACAAUCAAUUUAUAUUCUUCUUUACACUAUAAUUUUAUUUACGGGGCAUUUAUAUUAAAUGGAUUAGUUUUCAUAUGUUGCUCAGCAUUAUGCGUUGCUUUAGCAUAGUUGGGAACAACAAAUGACCACUAGCAUGUCUAAGUACUGUUACUAGAAAGUUUGGUCAACUUGUGAUGACAUCAAUUGUCAGUUCAUUCUUUACAUGUAAUUAAGCCUCAAUACUUCUGAGUGAAGAUAUGAAGCCCAUACUUCAUCUUGUUUCUGUCUUACGUUUAUUUUCAACCAUCUUCUUUAAUAGCAUGCUUCCUCUUAUACUACUGCCAUAAUGCAGUAAUUUAAUUGACCAGGCUAAAUAAUGCAUCGAAAAGCCUUGUAGAAGUGCAGCUUUUGUUUGAUAGGAUUCAUAGGAAUAAACCUUAUUCAAAAGGAAGUUGGCCUGACCAUUGAAAUCAAUUUUAUUAGCACAUUUGUGAAAGAAAUAAUCAAAGAAAUAAUAUAUACAUAAUGCCGAACAAUACGAUAUAUGUUGGCAUAAAGGAACUCCCAUUACUUUCCAGUUUCUCUGUUAAACAAAUUGAAUUAAACCAUUAGUGCUGCUUUCCAGCAUCAGUCUUGAAAGCUUUGCUGGACAAAAUACUAAUAAAGUACUCCAUUCCCUUCAUUGUAAAGUAGAACCUCGGUUCUCAAACCACUUCAUUCCCGAACAUUUCGGCUCCCGAACGUCGAAAGCACGGAAGUAAAUGUUCUGGUUUUCAAACAUUCCUCGGAAUCUGAACAUUUGACUUCUGAUCUGCAAAAAGCCCAGCUGUCAGCCAGCUGGAAGCCGCGCCUCUGAAUUUGAAUGUUUCGGAAGUCGAACGUCCUUCCAGAGCAGAUUAUGUUCGGCUUCCGAGGUUCCAUUGUACCUUUAACUUCCAGGAUUAUUUUAGGUACUGCAGGCAUAUUCAGCAUUUGUCUAUGUAUUUAAAGCACUGAUAACCUGCCCUUUAUCACAGCAGUCUCAGUGCUGUAAAAGUCAAUGUAAUACACAACGGCAAUACUAAAGUUAAAAAAUCAUCUGAAACAGUAAAUAAAAUCAUCUAUAUUAAACUGCAGAGCAGAUAUCUAUAUCAGUCUGGGUUGGUGUCAAUCGUACAACAGAGGAAAGGGGUUUCCAUAAUCAAUUUAGAAUUGAUUAAUUGAACAUGCUAUCUGAGAAGCUAUCGCUCUGCUUUGGAUUUACAUUGAGAAUAUGUAGCGUAAGCUGGAAAACAAAGUGUGUGUGGUGACCCUUCAGAGUUUGAAUUUGAAUAUUGGUGCAUGCUCACAAUACAUACACACACACACAGUGUAUACGCUCAUACUCAGUGUUAGGGUGCAGUAUAAAGAGACUAUUUCACUGCUUGUACUAUUUGCAUAAAAUAGCCUUUUCACCUUUUCUGCUGCUAAGUUCUGUUGGAUGUGCUAUUGAAAUCUCAAAAGAGCAUUGUAAAUUCCUAAUAUCAGCCAAAAUCUCAUGCUGGAGAGCUAAGUAGUUGAAAAGAAUCUACCCAAUAAAGUCUUCACAUGCAAGAAAUGUAUAUAUUACUGUCUCUAAUUCAAUGUCAUAUUUUGUCAUACCUGCGUAGUGUAAAAUCUUGAUGGAUUUAACAUAGUUCGUAAAUAGUUACCGGUACAUAAUUUUCUUAUGGGAGUGUGUGCAUUUUGACCUUAUAUACUCUUGUAUAUCUGACUAACUAUAGUAACUAUAGGAAGUUUUUCCUUUUGCAUUCAGUAAUUAAUUUUAUAUACAAAUGCAUAAUUGAGAGUUUUUACAUAUUCAGUCCCUGUUCAAGUUCAGAGAGUGUUCCUUACUAUCGUCUCAGUAUUAUAGUAGUUUCAUGAGCUUUCAGUCCAUUAGGUUAAAUUAGAUAUUUAGUGACUUGGAACUGGUGGCCAAGGUUUCUGAUGGUAAUUCUGGAGGUACCGAAGCAGGAGAUAGCAGUACAUCGUGAUUUGCAUAGAAGACAUUCAGCUGUGCAUACUACAUUCAGUGGGGAGGAAAUGGCAGAAUUAUAUAGGAAACAUCCUUCACUUACUCUGUACCUGGGGGUUCCUGUAAUUUCUAACUGUUGCACUGUAACAAAUAGUAGGAAACAUCUGUCUUACCGUGUUGCCCUUAUGGUUGGGUGGACGCUGAAUGAGGUGUGUGUAGAUAAGUUCAUGAACUGAUAAUUGUUGGGGUCACAUACUCACUGCAGAGGCACAAUUUGUCUUUAUGUGACUGUUGUAAACAAACCAGUAGUCUCAUAAGAACAUUGCAUGUAAAACUUCCAGCAGUAACAUUUUUUACAUAAGGAAGAGUCCUACAUUAAUUUACUUUAAAAAUGUUAGUGCUUCAGCUCUCAGCUUUGAUUUGAGGCAGCUUCCAAGGGUAUUGAAAUUCAUGUAAAUAAAUAAUUCAGUCCAUUGUCAAAACAUAACUGUCGGCAAUUGGGGCGAUGGGGGUUAGAAGCAAUUUUAACCAUCUCUCAAAGCAGUUUUAAGACAGCCGUGAAAACAAAGGUAAUAAAGGGUGUGCAAAGACCCAGUGCCUUUAGCUGGCAUCUUGAAAAUGGUCAAAGGAGGGUACUAAGCAAAUGGACAUUAGAGGGAGCUCUACAGAUGGUGCAAGGAGCCAGAAGGCACCAGCUUUUGUGGCCCUCCAUUUCAACUCAAAGGUAGGAGCAUGCUUAAUAGAACCUGUGAAGACAAUAACUGGGCAGGUUUGUUAGGGAAUAGGCAGUUUUUCAGUUAACCUGGCCCAAGCCAAUGCUUUAGAGCUCUAUAAAUUAGAGCCAACAUCAUGAAUUGUGCCUAGAAACAAAUUGGAAGACAGGAAACCUCUUUAAGUGCUGUUGAGAAUGUUCCUUCUAUCAGUCUUAUCGGUUCUAGGUAAGACUUGCCACUUUGUUUUAAAUUAUUUGAAGUUUCUGGAUGAUCUUGAAAGGAUAUCUCACUUAAAGCAAAUAGCACUGAUCUAAACUGGAGGUUAUCAAGGCAUGCAUAACUCUGGUCAGAUCUUGUUUUUCAAAAAAUGACCAUGGCUUGUGUACCAAGUGAGGUUGCUUAAAAGGUGCUAUGAGCCAUUAAGGGUACUCAAGUUAUCUGUAAGACCAGACCUAACAACACCAGGCUGCAAAGCCAAUCCUUUAGGGUGAAUGCAAGCCCACCAAGAACUGUCCAAAUCCUUUCUUGCUCAACUACAUCACCAGCCAACAGUACUUCAGUCUUACUUGACAGUGUUUCUAACUACCAGUUCCUGGGUACCAGCAAUGGGGGGGGGGGCUGUUGGCCUCAUGCCAUUCUGGUGGGAUUCCCUGAAGUGUCUGGUUGAGCACUCUGGCAAAAAGAAUGUUUAACCUUUCAUCUGAUUAAAGCUAAUCAGAAGGUCUAUCUUUAUUUUUCCAACCUCUUUCCCAAUUUCAAACACAUGUUCAGAGCUUCUGUAGUCCAUUUUGAUGUAGAUGGAAAGAGAAUCGUGUGUCAAAUGUUAAUACUGAUGACAAUUCAGACCAGGUCUGCAGGUGACCUCUCUCAGUCAUUUCAGACGCACAUUAUACAGCAAGGAACUCAAGAUGGAUAUUUUUGGAACCCUGUAGCAUAAUUUCCGUGGAGCAGAGUACCUUUUUGAACUGACUGGUCACAUAGGAACAGAAGCACAGUCCCUCCCGUUCCCAGCUUACCAUACCAGAAGUACCAUGGCCAGUGAUAUUCAUAGUUGACAUACCCACCUCCCAUCCCUCCUGGUGAAAGUUAUUUUACGAGGGCAACUUAGAAAGAAAAUCAUUUAGGUAGUGUAGGAAUACUGCUCAUCAUCCCAAAUUGCUCUGAAACAAAAUGCUGUUGAAUGUUGCAAUCUGAUCCAAAUGUUUUCCCCUGUGAGUGCUCCCUCAUAAACCUCAAUGAAAUGCCACUGUGUUAGAUUCCUGAUUCAUAGAUGUAUGUAAAACGCUAAACCUUUUAUUGUAGUAAAUGUUGCCUAUAACAUAAAAUGCUGCAUUGGCAUUCAUCUGAAUACUGUGUACCUGAAAUUUCCUUGCAUACCUGCUUGCAAAUGAAUUAUUACCUCAGCUAAAACUGUAACUGCUGCUAAGUGAUCAUGAGUCCAUCUGACAACUUCACAUUUGCAGUGACUCUUUUCAUUCAUUUUUUUCCACAUGAUUUUGGUACCAAAUCAAACUUCAUGGGAAACAUAGAUCUAAUGUUUGUUUUAUUAAAACAAUGUGUGAAAUGGCUAUCACUAUUGGCACCUUAUAUCUUAAGCUGUUCUUUGUUUAUUUUAUGUUUAUUGAGGUAAGUAUUUGUUGAAUUUUGCAGAGUUUUAGGUUCACAUCACUUUUUUCUUUCCUCAUGGAAAUUUAUUUUACAAGGAAGUUAAAUGCAAGCAACAGAAAGAACACCACACAUAUAACAAUGCAGCAAGGUCACUAAAGCAGUGGAAAAACCUCAGUGAUUGGAAUCCUCAGUGUACCAUGGAUGUGCUUGUGGAAUAACUACAGAAAAAAGCUUAAGCAGACGUUUACUCACUGUAGCAUAUUUGUAUAAGACAUACGCAUCAUGGUCAGAAAAAAAUACAGCCAUAUCAAUGUGAAUGGCAUUUGAUCAGAAGCUUGAAGGGCUUCCAUAUUGGAAAUAAGCAGGAGAAAUUGUGCCAUAAUACCUUUUAAAAUUACAUCACGUUUUAAAAAUACAUCGUGAAAAGGAACGAAAUAUUAUGAAACAGGUCGCUGAAUGAACAAGGACUUUUUGUUCAGUACCUCUUUCUCACUUUUCUAUUGCAUACAUCAUUCAUAUCCUACCUGAAUGAGGGAAUAAACACUUCUAUGCUGAUGAUCAGAUAUGCCAGUUUAUGCUUUCAUUCAGAACAAUUUGAUUCCUGGCUCAGUGACCAAGGAGCUGCAUGAGCAGCAGCGAUUUUCUCCCCUCCUAUAGCCCCGCCCCCAAUGUUGCUUUGAAGAUGGGGUGAUGUUCUGGAACAUGUUUUUAUGCAGCAUUGAAGAAUGUCAUAUGGAAAGAAAAAUCUGCAACAUAUACACAAGCACAUUUUGGCUCCUGGCCCUCUUUUGUACAAGUUCCAACUUCAUAUCUUAUAAUCUUAAAUGAAUAUGUAAAGAUAUCUGCUAACAUGGCAUUUAUACAUUAAUUGUUGCUAUUCAUGAUUCUAAGAUCUUUGAUAGAAAAUGUUUUUUUUCUGAGCAAUGUUGUGCAUAACACUCAGAUUUCAAAACACUUCUAUUAUUGCAGAAUGUUAACAAUACUUAUAUCUGACUAUUGGCAGAUGGUAUCUUUGGAGCUGUAACUGCCAUUUUUAAUUGGAUAUAGUUUGCGUUUUUAACUUUUAAAAACAGGUUAAUAUAAGGGUAGCUAAAUAAUAGAUGAAUAUUAUUCUUCCAAAUAAUAUAAUUUUGAGUAAAUUUUAUAGCAUUUAUCAUCAUUCAGGCUUGAAGUAGUUCCAGCAAAAAUAGAAAAAUGGCAUUUAGAUUAUUUGAAUGGAAUUUAUUUCAUACUUAACAUUUUUUGUUCUGAUUUACAGAAAAAUCUUUGGUAGUUUGAUGUUAAAUUAGAUAUAGCUGCUACUUUGGUUCACUGGAUUAAUAAAUAAGCUAAUUUUUGUAGUUCUUUAAAUUGAUAUUUUCUGCUUUCUGGCAAAUAGGCAAGACAAGGCUCUGUUUACAGACAGAUAGUUUGGGGUUUGCUAAUUUUUAAUAGCAAUCUCUGGGAACCAUUUAGAAAACCUAUAGCAUUAAACAUACUGUUGUACACUUAAAAUAGAUUGGUAUAAAUAAUUUUAAAUUGUGUAGUACGUUAUUUGAAUUGUGUAGUACAUUAUGAACCGGGGAAGGGGGGUGAGGAGCAAAUAAUGCAUAUAGAAAAUGUUUGUGAGCUCUGACACAAAUUUCACCUAUUCAUACCAGUUUGCUUCUCAGCAAUAGCAACUGCUUCCUAAUAAUACACAUUUUUAAAGAUUAAUGUUCAGGAAAACCUGACCACACCAACAGUUUAUUAGAACAGUAAUACUGAACUUCACAUGAGGACAGUCAUAUCCGUUCAAGCAAAGGAAGAAAGUGAGAAACUGCUUGUGGGUUUAUUCCUUUUAUGGCUGGUGUUCUGCACCACAAGUCAAAUGUCCUUGACUCCAACACAGUCAGUUCAAAAGCCGUCUUAUAGUCUUUCAAAAAUAAAUGUAGAUAUCUGGCAGGUGCACUGAUACGCAUUUGCCACAGCGUUGGCAUAACACAAGGUAUUAAAAACUUCCUUUAGUAUUUAAAUUUGUAUCGUUUCAAAAACAUGUUCAAGUAUCGCUACAUUAUAUGGCCUGUUGUAUGAUUAUCCAGCACAAAUUUUUCUCCCAGAUCAUCACAGAUUGAUGCUUCAAAAAAGUGACAAUGGGUUUUGCCAUUUUACUCAUGAAGACACCCAAGAAUUUGCAUAUACCACUGCUAUAAGAUAGCAACUUACCCUUCUGAAAGCAUUCCCGUGCAUCUUGUUUGUAUUGGGCAUUACACAAGUGUGCUUUUCCCCUUUAACCCUGAGGCUGUAUGUUUGUUCUCAGACAAAUUGGAUGGCUUGCGAACUGGUGCUAAGAGGAAGCGUGAUUGGGAAGCAAUUGCCAGCAGAAUGGAAGAUUAUCUUCAGCUUCCAGAUGAUUAUGAUACCCGUGCUUCUGAACCUGGAAAGAAGAGGGUAAUAAAGUAAUUUUGGUUUAAUGUCUCAGAGGGUCUCAACCAGAAAGUUUUCCCUAAAGCAUGAACUAUAUGUUUGGUUCAGCUAAUCUAUGUUUGGAAGCACUGUGGGGCCAUUGCUUUCAUUUUAAUGUCCAUUAGAUUCCAUUUCUCUUUCUGAAAAUUUCUUCUAAAAAUUCGUAUCUCGUCAUGCUCCUGUAAAAACAGGGAAGAUAGCAAAGCUUAGUAGUACGCAUUUAUAGCUAAAGGCAUCAGAGGCUACUUAGUAAGAAGAUGAGGAAACAGUAAAUAAGUAGGGAAAUGGAAAAUAUGGAGGUAUUUGAUAGACUUGCAAUAUGGCUUGAAUACACACAUUAGAGCUGCCCUGAAGUUUGUACAGGUUCCCUGAAGAAGAAUUGGUUCCACUUAGUGCUAAGCCAAAUUGUAAUGAUGUUUGAUUUUUUGUACCAAACACUGGAAGGGGGUGUAGGGAGAGGACACAGGAAAAACCCUGCACUUCUUUCCACAUAUGCUUUCACUUUCGCACCUGCAUCCAUUGUGGUGGGAAGGGAGCACAUCCUCAUUGCCUGGACAACUUGCUACAGUGCGCUGGCAGUUUCCUUGUCCAUGCAUCCCAUUGAAAGUAAUGCCAUGCAAAUGGAAGAAUCACAUCUGCACUCCCUUACAGUAGUAAGACACACAUUUGGUUGUGCAUCUUUAUACAUAUCCCCUUCCUGCCCAACUACUAAACUAAACGCAAAUGGAGCCGAGCCAAGGAAUGUCAUCUCUCUUGUCUCGGCAACUGGGACAGGUUCACUCUUUUCCCCCAGCGAAUUCCUUGUGAACAGUUUCACAUCUGCUGAAGAAGAGGCAAAAAUCUUCGUGAAAGGCUCCCUGCUUUGCACAUUCAGAGCACUAGUUCCUAUGCUCUUUGGAAGAAGACGUGGGAUCUAAAUUUAAUAAAUAAAUAUGACACUAAAUAAAUUCUACUUGCUAACUAGUGAGGGUCACAAAUCUUUGAGCAUUCUAGAAUGCUGAACCAGUAAAGUUGCCUUCCCUUUUUCUAAGUUGUCUGAAACCUUCGCUGAGAGCAAAACUGUAUUAUUGGCAAAAAUGUCUCGCUUUAUUUUCUGGAACUGAGUAUCAUCCCAAUGCUGUGUUCUUCGUAGGUAAGGUGGGCAGACCUUGAAGAAAAAAAGGAUGCAGACAGAAAGAGGGCCAUUGGUUUUGUGGUGGGACAAACGGAUUGGGAGAAAAUCACCGAUGAAAGUGGUCAUUUUGCUGAGAGAGCCCUCAAUCGCACAAAAUACAUCUGACACAAUUUGUCAAGUAGAAUUUUUCUACCUACGAGGUAAGAGCUCCUGUGUCUUGGUGAGUUUUUGAGAAUGACCUAAAGAAUGAACAAUGAUAGCGUUCUCCGCUCAAUAAUAAUUUGGACAUUAGGGCAUUGAUAGACUUGUCAAUUGUGCAUGUCUAUUUGAUGUCCAAUCUCCUCUAUAUGAUACAUGGUAGCUGGAGGGUAUUGGAAUGCCACAGUUCAAAAAAUUGAGGGAAAUCCUGACUACUGAACAGCAGUCUGCUUUUUUCUCACAGUCCCCAAAGCUUAACUACUUUCUGUAACAGUUUCCUUUUCCCUGCAGGCAGUUUGCUUUGAUGAGAACUGAACACAGGGUGACGUGGAACUUGUCAUUCGCCCUCUGGAGAGUUGUGCGGUUCUUUUCUUUCAAAACUUCAUUUUAUAUUUUUUUUGUGUUCUUCCCUAUUGCAUUCCUUGGAAUUCUACCUGGUGAUAUCCAGCACCCCCGAGUUAUAUGGAGCUUGCAUCUAAAUGUGAAAGGUUUUUGUGUUAAAAUUAGUAGUUCUAGCUUUUAUGCGUGCAGUAGAGUGGAAAGAUGAGGCCAUGGACAUUUCUUCUUCUGUACUGUCGCAAAAUGUCAGCAUUACAAUUGCAUUGUUGCUUUGUGGCUGUUGUUAUUUUUUACUGUAUAAACUUUGUAGUUUAUUGUACUAGAAAACAGAACAAUAAACUUUCACUACGAACCUAGUGAAUGACUUAGUCGACCAUAUAUUAUAUAGGCUGCUCUAUUUUGUGUGUGUGUGUGUGUGUGUGUGUUUGUGUGGUUUGCUUAAAAAGAUGAUCCCUUCAACUCUUUGCGGAAUGUCGGAGCCCUUGGUCAUUAACAUGCCGUGUUUCCUUAUAAACUUCCUGUUCAAAACAAUUUUAUUCUUCACACACAAAAUUAAAUGUGCACACUAACGCCAGAAAGCAUUAGUGCGUGCAUGGAGAUUAAAAGCCAUUUCAACUGUCCUAAGAAGAAGGCUUUAUUUUAUGUUGGAGAGAAAAUGAUUUGCCUCAAGGAGGAUGGUCAAGCGAUUUUACAUACAAUGUUCUCUCUGUCUUGUUACAUGCUCCUCUUUGCAUGCUUGCUAGCGAACAAAUGCAGUGAACUGCUUUUGUCCUUUUCGAGUUCCAAUUCAGUGGUUUGUGUUAUGAAUUAUAUGGAUGGAGAAGGUGCCAAAUCGUUUGAAUGAGACCAUUGCUAUCUUAAUUUUCUUUCAGAAAAAGGGUGGUGGUGGUCUUGAAAGAUGCUUCAUUAACUCUUCUUAGCCAAUCAGUUUGUGAUUGCCUAGCAAAUUAUUUUUAUUCAUGGGUACAUUAGUAAUGAUGAGGGCAUUUUUUGCAGUAUUGAAGGAGGGCCACUGUUUAGUAUUUAAUGAAUGGUUUAUCAUUGUAAUGUAUUUGUUUACUUGACAUUUUCUAGUCUGAUUAAUUAUGUAUAAUUUGGAAACUGUUCCCAGAAUGAACAAUAGAAUAUUUGAAUACAGUGCAGAAUGUUAAAUGGCUACAAAAGCUUAUUCAUAUGUAUACUUUCCUAUUUUGUCGCACUGUGACUUUUUAUUAUUUGGUAAGCUAUUUGUGGACCUGCAUUUCACAGUAAUUACAAGGAGACAUGGGAAAUUAGAAGCUCUUGUGACCUUAUGAAGUUCAAGAGUUGCACUCUUUGUUUCUAAAUGAAACUCACAAUUUUGUGAGAAGACAAAGGGAACCUACAUUGCUGGAAUAAUAACUGGAUCUUUCAGAUAAAGAUGCUCAGGAGAAUCUUAUGUUUGAACUCCGCAGAGGUGACUGAAUUGUGAGUUUUUAUGUAGUGAUGCUUUUCAUAUAUAAACCAACUUACUUCCGCAUGGUACUUAGUUAAGCUGGCUAUUGUGGCUUACUGCUCUUUUGCAGAAUGAAGGAGGGAAAAUGGAAGACCUAGGAUUCUCACUGCAUCUUGUCUAACUCAGGUCUGAAUCUCCCUGUCAUACUAUAUCUGGAUAUAAGUAAUUGUACUGUACUUUAAUUGCGGGUUUACCAUCAUUUUCAGUCACAACUUUGGUGCCUUUUGAUACUGCCUAGCAUCAUACUAUAGUUCGGUACAUUACGUGGAGUCAUUUAAAUAUUUGUGGUUGCAAUUCUUCUAUUCCUGUUCUAUGUGUUCAUUCACCUUUCCCUGACUCCUAUGGUUUGAUAGCACCACCUAUGGACAACUUGCCACACAUACGAUAUGUCGCGAUUGUUUGCAUCUGUAUCUCAAGUGAGAUAGUGGAGUGCGCCCCUGAGGGUGAAGUCAAACUGCUGCCUAAGCAGCACCAAAGUGACCUCUCCAGGGCACAAGCGUGGGCAGCAUAUAUGGAGGUCCUGGGCUGCCAAGACAACAAGACUCCCCUCUUGACCUCAUUUAUGUGAUCUAAAGGAAAGCAGAGCAAUACGUUUGGCACCAGCUUGGCGCAGGAGUUGCCGGAAAAAGACAUACAAGAUGCCAUCCUGCUAUCCUAGGAACUCCAUUCCAGAUUUGUGUAGGGUUUACUCCUUAGACUUUUCUUCUCCCGAAGAUAUCCCGCAAGGCAGCUGAUGUUUAGGUGUUUUCCUUCUCCCAGAUGUGCUAUGUUCUCAGAUUGACAAGCGUCAUCUGCGCCUCACUUCCCUCUACAUCACAUACAGAACCCGCCUGCUUGGCCAUUGGUCCCACUAUUGGUCUCGUCCACUCAAUCCACUGGAGCCUGUCUUCGCAUGCAGGAGAAGUCCCUAACUCACUGAGGGUUUGAGACCCAUCAGCUACCCUCACCUGGUUUAGCCGGCCAGUCAAAGCCAUUUCCAGGUCUUGUGCUGACAGCUUCUAGGAGCCACAGGUGAGAGCUGAAUGCAAGAUGGGGACCAAAGAUGGACAAACUACCCCAGAUGGAGCAUGAUGUCCCCCCCCCCAGGUCCUGCUCCUCCCCUAACACCCCAUACACCCCCUUUUGCAAGAAGGAAGAGAUGACAAGAGGGGGAAGAAAGAUGAACAAUUGAAAUAGUAUUUACUUGAACCAGUAUGACCGGAAGUAUGUAAUGGAUAUUCCAAUGGACCAACAAGGGUGACACCUAUUUUUUCAUAGUUUUCUUUUCUUUUUCCUUUUACUUUCUUUGAGACUCCAUGGAAUGCCUCUGAAGAAACAGUUGUGGACAGACCACGUGGGAGAACCAUUGCCUUGGCUUUAUUUUUCAGCAUGUAUGUCCUACCUUUCUGACUGAUUUUCAAGACAACUUAUAGUCAGAAAAAAUGAUGAAAUAAAUGAAACCAUGACAGUCUUGAAAAUGGAUUAAAAGGGCAUUGACAGGAUGAAAUAAUAUGAGGGAAAUAAUCUACAAAAGCUUGUUGAAAUAAAACGAUCUUCACUGCCUGUCUAAAAGCAGAAGAGGGAUGAGGCAGCUGUCCCUUGGGAGGCUGUUCAGAUCUUGGGCACCACUUCUGAAAAGGCUGUCUUGAGUCCCCACCCAUCAUUAGACCCAUGUACUUCAAUAGGAUCCAUGUACUUGGGUCAUUGAUGACUAUUUGAAUAGUAGC